GACGCUGCCGCCGGGAUGCGGGAGGAGGAGGAGGAGGAGAAGGAGGAAGAGGAGGAGGGAUGCUGAGGAGCUAAGGAGCCGCCUCGGCGAAGGGAUCCUCCGGGGCGCCGCUGCGGACAAGCGGGCGGGCGAGCCCUCGGGGCGGCGGCAGGCGGCGGAGGAGCCAGCAGCCCAGCUCCCCCCCCCCCGCUUCUCUCCCGCUCCCUCCUCCGCCCUUUCCCCGCCGCCUUGCCGCCGCUCCCCCUGCCGCCGCCGUCGCCCUGGGGCCGGGCGGGCGGCCGGGGAAUCGCGGCGCUUGGAUGCCGGGAGCCCGCGGCAGAGACCCAGCCCCGAGCCCGCCAUGGGCUGCUGCGGGAGCGCCGCCUCUCAGGUGAGUCGGGAGGGGAGGCGAGGGCAGGACCCCCCGUCCCCGGUAUCAAGAGCAAAUAGAAGCUCCUCCACCUUUUAUUUUAUUUUAUUUUAUUCUAGGUUCUUAGUCUUGCCCUGCCCGCGCUUCGCUUCCAUCCCCUUCCCAUUUGCGUCAAUUCUUCACCCCCCCCCUUUCCCAGUUUACACCGUGGCAUGUUUAUAUUUAUCUGGAUUUAUUAUUAUUUUUACACCCUCACCCCCCUCAUUUCUCCUCCUUUUCUUCCUGGAGAUUCUGGAGUAGGUUGGCAUAAACUUAUGCAACCGAAAUGGACUAGGAUUUUGGUUUUCGGUUGGUGUUUUUUUUGAGGGGGGGGAGGAGAAGCCUCCUAAACCCCAUCAUCUACUGUCACCCACGCCUGCUCGGAAAGGGCUCUCCGGUUGCAACCCCGGUGUGUCAUAAUCUAGCAGUUGGAUUGUCUCUGCCACUGCUGCCACCCUCCAGUCACGACCAUUCUGACCCUGGCAUUAAUUUAUAAAUAAUAUCGGUUGGGGGGGCAGCCUUUAAAAGUGCCCGAAGCAAAGGAGAGGCGAAACGGACAGCGCACGUUAAGGAGAAGGGAACAGACUCAAAAGCAGUGUUGCAAAUGCAUCCCUCCUGCAGCUGCUUAUUUUCAAGUGUUUCUUUACCAACUGGUAGGAGGAAUGAGCAUAAGCAAUUCCUCCCCCGCUCGAAUCGCUAAACGGAUGCCUGUCUCACCUCUUGUUUUUGCUGCCUCGGUAUCUCUGCAGUUCUCCUUUCCUUGAGUCCGUAUGAACUUUCGUUGACCCAUUGCUGCAUACGCGGACCCUUUGGAUUGUGGUGUGGUGUUUCUUAGGAGCAUAGGAAGCUGCCUUAUUCACUGAGUCAGACCAUUGGUUCACCCGGCAGAGAAUUUGUCUACACUGACUGGCAGUGGCUUUGCCAGAGUUCCAGGCAAAGAUGCUCUCCCAGUCCUACUUGAAGAUGCAAAGGAUAGAAUCAGGAGCCUUCUGCAUGCAAGGCAGAUGCUUCGCCACUGAGCUACAUGCCUUCCCCUUUUCCCUGUAGGAACCCUGUCGUUGUAAUGUCUCUUUCCAAGUCACCUCUUUCAUAAGCAGCCUUCCUAAGCGUUAGCCUUCUUGCUGAACUGUGCACAGCCUUGUUGCACACUGCCAGACACACUCAAAGAGUGCCUUUUCUCCUAACCCAUCCCCAUCUGCUUAAUUUAAUAUCCAUAAGGCCAAAGGCCCAUCUAGUCCAGCAUCCUGUUCUCACAGGGGCCAGUGAUUGCAACCGUGUGCUUCUCUCUUGUGAUCCCAAGCAGCUGGCAGAGGCAACAGCAGAGGCAGAACAUAGCUAUUGUGGCUGGUAGCCACACUGACAGCUGCAUCCUCUGUAAGAGUAUGUCCUUUGCCUCACUCUCUGCAGCAGUGCCUGUAUAUUUUGAAAUACUCCACAAUGCUGUAUCCUUGCCAUUUUUUAUCUUUCUUCAUCUACUUUGUGCCCCCCACCCCAGUUCCAUCCCAUCAUUAUACCACUUGUGCUUGCUUUAACAACCCACAUUGCUUAUCCAUCCUUCAUGAGAAGUAUGCCUGCAUCCUGCUGUUUAUUUCAUCUAGAUCAUGGUUAGGCAAACUAAGGCCUGGGGGCCAGAUUCGGCCCAAUUGCCUUCCAAUCCGGCCCACGGACGGUCCGGGAAUCAGCAUAUUUUUACAUGAGUAGCAUGUGCCCUUUUAUUUAAAAUGCAUGUCUGGGUUAUUUGUGGGGCCUGCCUGGUGUUUUUACAUGAGUAGAACGUGUGCUUUUAUUUAAAAUGCAUGUCUGGGUUAUUUGUGGGGCAUAGGAAUUCAUUCAUUAUUCCCUCCCCCAAUAUAGUCUUAGGGACAGUGGACCAGCCCCUUGCUGAAAAAGUUUGCUGACCCCUGAUCUAGAUCCUACCCUUCUUAUUCUGUUUUAGCCUUGCAAUCUUUUGAGGUAGGCUCCACUGAACUAUAAUGAAUUGUCCAAAGCCAAGCCGAAUGCCCCACAUCCAGGUACAGCCCUCUAACCACUAUGCCAUAUUCCUAUAAUCCAACAGGACUUUUGUUGUCUACCUUUAUUGGCGCUCUCUGAGGGAGGCAUUCAAGACCUCUUCACAUGGACUAAUUAUCGCUUAAGUUUUAAGACAUUUUGAUUUUUCUACAUGGAACCUUGGUGGUAAAAGGGUGGAUUACUUCCACAGCAUGUUCAAAACUGGUGCUAGUAAUUGUGAGGAUAGCAUUGUGAGGACAGCAUUAGAGAGGUGCCAGUAACUUUUCCAGGUGGAAUAUUCAUAAGGAUAACAGAUGAACUUGUAGAUACGUUCUCCAUUCUUGAAGGAUGGGUGUGAAGUCUUCAUUGUCUAAUGAUAGGCAAGGCUAAUUUGUUACAGUUCUGUUCAGAUUAUUUUCUGUCUUUUUUGUGCCUGUAUGAAUAAGAGGCAAUUUGUCAGUGUAUUGUAUUCUAUCUCUCCCACUAUCCAUACUCAUCUAUUCCUUCUGUAGAAUGCCAUCUUUCUCUAGGCCCUCUGGAGAGAGACUUCAGUAGCCAAUGACGAAACUGACAAGAAGACUGUAUAAUGGUAGCAUCUUUGUGAAUAAGUGUGGGAACUUAGGUCUGCUGUUGGAAUAUAUAUACUACAAACAUAAUGUACCUGUUAGAAUGCGCAGCACCCAACCUGUGAUAAAGCAGCAUUGUGAUGACUAUCAUUUUCUGAUCCCUGCACUGAUCCAUUCGAUACAUAUUUAGUUAUGCAUUUUUUUAUGUUCAGAAAAGUUAGAGGUUUGAACCCAAGUGGUUUGGGUUUUCUUGUUCUUUUUUCAGUCCAAGUAACAUGCAUAGAGGGGCUUCUGGUUUUCUGCCCAUUCUCUUUUCCUUUUCUUAGCUUUAGCCAAUUUUUAUUUGCCAUGGUUAUAUUGUCGUCCUAUUAGAUUCAAGCCACAGUAAAUAACUCCACUCACUACUCCAAUUUACUGCUUUAAAACCUGCAAGCUGUUGACGGCUGAACAAAUUGGACCUAGCCCGUUCUCAGCUUGCUAUCAUCUUAACCAUCAUUAGUCUUGGAGGCUGGUAUCCAAAACCUUCUUAUCCCCUUCCCUUAGUGGUUCCCUUCCUUUUCAUAAUGUCACUGAGCAUAUUUUUGCCUUCUCUUAUACCAUGUAGUGUGAUUCACUUCUCUGAACCUUCUAAAACUCUCUGCUUGGUUGGCAUCCAUUAUGCAGUGUGUCUGCUCUGUGAUUAUGAGACCGUGUGCCCCUGUGAUUUGGAUUGAUCAGCAGAUGGCCCUGCAUUGUGACAGCAGGCACUGGAUCACUCAGUGGCUUUUUGGUUCCAUUCAGCUCCAUAAUACCAUAUUUUUGAAUCAACAGUGUUGAAAAACAAACAUGUAUUAGUUGAGUAAGUUUGAACAAAUUACCGUAUUUUUCGCCCCAUAGGACGCACUGCCCUAUAGGACGCACCUAGUUUUUUGGGGGGGGGGGAUAAAGAAAAAAAAAAAUUCCCCCCCAGGCACGGGGCUGGCGCGGGGGAAGCCCGAGCUUCCCCCGACCCCAGCCCCCAGAAGAGCCUGCUAUCCGCAAGCCUAGGGAGCCGCGCCGGUCUACCCAGGCUUGCGGACAGCUGUGCGAAGCCCGGGCGCGCUGAGGCUUCCUAAUGCAGGCAGCUCUGCACAACCCUCCGGAGCCCGGUGCCAAGCUGCGCGGACUCCGGGAGGGCAGGCAGCUCUGCGCGACCCUCCGGAGCUUGGCGCCGGGCUCCGGAGGGUUGCGCAGAGCUUCCUGAAGCCUGUAUUCGCCCCAUAGGACGCACCCACAUUUCCCCUUCAUUUUUGGAGGGGAAAAAGUGCGUCCUAUAGGGCGAAAAAUACGGUAACUUUCCUGAUAGUGGCUUAAUAUUAGCAACUCAGGUUGUUCAGUUUGUUCCUUGCUACUUAUUAUUACAUGUUCUUUACAUGAUAUACACAGUUUUUCAACAUUUGGGGUUUUCUUUUUCUGUCUGGCUUUCUCCUCAGGUUGAAUCUGCUCUGUGCCUCAUGGCCUGCUUGUAUCUGUCUCUUCUAUCAAAUUGCUAGAUUACCCCCUUUUCUAAUUCUGACCAUUACAAUAUUCUUGUGCGUUUUGCCUCUACUGCUUUGUGGAAGUAUUAUUUCCCAUUAUGCUUGUUUGCAAAUGAUUGCUCUGCUCAUAACCUUGUUAUUCAAGUCUUUCUUCUUGUCUCAAAGGCUCUUCCUUUUCUUUAUGUUCUUUUCCUUUGCCUUACCAUAAUAGUAGUUAAAAACAACAGCCUACACUCAAAUUUAUUUCCUUACUCUGAAUUUAUUGAUCUUUGCUCAACUACCCUUUAAAAACAUAAACUAUGGCUGAAUUUAAUCUGCUGCAGAAGAAGGCAAGAAGCCUUGUCAUUAAUAUUUGCUUACCCAUCUAAUUUUCCUUAUCCUUUCAUGUAAAGCUUUUUCUGCUGUACUUUGUUCUGCUUUGUUAUCUUUGCAGUACAAGUAUUAUUACUUUUUGGCUUUCUUAAGAUAUAAGAACAUACUUGGUUUUUCCUGCUGCCUUAGAUCAUGUUUGCUAAUGUUUUUCAGGCAGCUUAAUUUGGGAAUCCUCUUCCAUGGAUCCAAACCACUGAUUUGCUCCACUAGCAAGGGUUUGAAUGUGGUGGAAGUAUCCCUUUGUAGGCAAGGAGCUACCACGGUCAGUGGUCAGCAUCAUCUCCCAAAAUGGGGCAGUUUGAGUGUGAGGAAGGGGUAGAACCUGGCCAGCCAACAAUCUGGUGGGUCUUAAGCCAGUCCAGCUACUUAUCUGAUCCAGAUCUCUCUUCUGUGCCGUUCUGGAGCUGGUUCCUCUCCCUCACCUUCCAUCCUUGGUGGCACGAGCAGCAGAUCUCCACAUUGGCAGUGGCUCCAGGGCUCCAUUCAGACCUGCCGUUCCCCAGGCAGGAGUUGGGAUUGUUCCCUUAAUCUUUUCUGUUGAAAUUCUUGUAUGAAAUCUCCAUUUUGCUCAAGUUUGCUUGCUGUUGUCCUGACCUUUUUCUGGUCUGCAAGGCACUUUCUGCAAGGAGUUGGUCAUGUCAUCCAGCCUUGUACGAUCCUUGUAAUCUCUUUCCAAAACAGGCACCCCUGUUGCAACGAAGUAUUGUGCAACCUUAAAGACCCAACAAAUAUAUUAUGGCAUAAGCUUUGGUGGGCAAGAGGCCACUUCAUCAGAUCCUGAGUUACAGGUAUCUAAGUGUGUGGCGUUGUCACCUUUUGUGGUGGUGGUCAUUCUGUGAUUCUGUGAAAACAGUUGUUGAUGACAGACAUCCUGUGGCAAUUCUAUAGCAGACCCAGAUGUCAACUCUACCCCUAGGUCUACUCUGGCAACUUUAUUACAGGACUUUAAAAUGUCAUCCACAAAGGGCUGCCAGCAAUGCUUUGCACAUUCUACAUAGCACAAACAGGCCACAAAUGGGCACAGAUCUGGUGUGACAGUAUUAUAAAAACCAGCAGAAGGACAUUUCAUCCUCCCAGGAUACUUUGUAAAUGACCUUAAAAUGGCCACACUUGAAAAAAUAGGAACUUCAAAGGGAGGCUGCGCUGUGCAAAUGCUGAAUUGCGGUAUGGCAAGAAGUCCAGGGCUGUCAGCUGAGGACUGAAUGGAGACAACGGAUUUUUAUAACAUAUGUUAAGUGUCCAGGAUGUAUCAAAAACUCUUUGUGAAUUAUCACAGUUAAUUAUCCUAGCCUGGGAGAAAAGCAGGGUAUAAAUACAUUUUAAAAAUAAGUAAAAAUAAAUAAAUUAUAUAAUUAUGUGUACUUUUCUGCAUUUCGUUUUUCUCUGACCUCUGUUUAUAAUCUUUUCUGCAAACUAUGCAUAUAUAUUCUGGUAACUCAGGAUACAUUUCAAUGUACUAAACGAAAAGCUUAUGCUAUAUUAUAAAUACAGUAAAUCUUCAAGGUGCUGCAAGAUGCUUUGUUUGUUAGUCUUACGCCUUUUAGCCACUGCUUUUUUUUUUUUUAAAAAAACAACUUACCGUAUUUUUUGCUCUAUAAGAUGCACCAGACCACAAGACACACCUAGUUUUUGGAGGAGGAAAACAAGAAAAAAAAUAUUCUGAAUCUUAGAAGCCAGAAUAGCAAGAGGGAUCGCUGCGCAGUGAAAGCAGCAAUCCCUCUUGCUGUUCUGGCUUCUGGGAUAGCUGCACAGCCUGCAUUCGCUCCAUAAGACGCACACACAUUUCCCCUUACUUUUUAGAAGGGAAAAAGUGAGUCUUAUAGAGCAAAAAAUACGGUACUUUUGGGAUGAGGGGCCUCCAGGUAGUCUAUAAAGGUUCUGAGGGCUACUAAUCUUCUAAAGAAAGUAGUAGGAGUUUUGUGGUACUGAACUUAAUUCUCUGUUGUUUUUUCUUCUAAUAAAUUGAUACGUUUCAUACUUGAUUUAUUUUGACUGAUGAAGCGACUGAGAUUUUUUUCAUCCAGAGGUCAGUUUAAGAUUUUGACUGGGGAAAACGGCAUGGAAAUGUGGAACUAGUAGUAUACCUAUAAAUUGUCAGUGUCUAGACAGUAUAGCGGACGUGGGUGGCACUGUGGGUUAAACCACAGAGCCUAGGACUUGCCGAUCAGAAGGUCAGCGGUUCGAAUCCCUGCAAUGGGGUGAGCUCCCGUUACUCAGUCCCUGCUCCUGCCAACCUAGCAGUUCGAAAGCACGUCAAAGUGCAAGUAGAUAAAUAGGUACCGCUCUGGAGGAAAGGUAAAUGGCAUUUCCGUGCGCUGCUCUGGUUCGCCAGAAGCGGCUUUGUCAUGCUGGCCACAUGACCUGGAAGCUGUAUGUCAGCUCCCUCGGCCAAUAAAGCGAGAUGAGCGCCACAACCCCAGAGUCAGCCACGACAGGACCUAAUGGUCAGGGGUCCCUUUACCUUUACUUUAGACAGUAUAGCAGGUACUGUAUUAAUCUAAAAUUUGAACAAAUUAUUUAUCUACUUUAAAAAAGAGAGUCUAGGUAUAUCUACAUACUGGUAGAUAUUGAAUUGGUAUUCUGUUCCAGCAUGUUACAAGGCUAUUUAGACUUGGACUAAAAGGCUUUGUUCUUAGAGCUUAGAUGCCUGAGCUGUGUGGUGGAGUUGGCAGAUAAGAUCUAAUCCAUCCCCACCCCCCAGCUGUGUUCCUGGGAAUUCUGGAGUUCUUCAGCUUUCCCGAAGGUUAGGUUGCCUGCCUCUACAGAUCUUCCCCAGCAAUACAUAGCAGCAGGGAAUUAUUGGGCAUGUCCUCAUGUUUACGGCAGUGAUGAGGCUCCACAGGCCUGGCUGAUGUCCCAAAUAAACUGGAAAUAUGCUUUAGAAUGCAUGUCUGAAUUCCCUGCAACCCACAGGGAUUUGUAGCCGGACAAAUAGAGAUCAGAAGGGUUCUUCCCUGAGGGUAUAAAGCUUGAAAAUCGUGGAUCUGUUGUUUGACUCUUAUAAUGAAAGUUGGAAUACCUCAAACCUUUCUUGAUGGGAAAUUAAGACACAAUAAGAACACGUGCAGGCAGUACAACUCUACGUAGUGUACAUGACUCUUCUGCCCUAGAUGGUAACAACUGAAAUGUGAAACUUGGGGCUAAAUAAGUGUGAGGGCAGGGGUAUAGCAAGCGGGGGAAGGGGGGCCGUGGCCCUGGGUGCACAAUUUUGAGGGGGCGCAAACCAAGCACCCCAUUCAGGGAUCCCGGUCCCGCCCCUCCUGCCAGUGGAGGGUGUCUAGUCCUUCAGUGAAGAAGACAGUAUGGAGAGAGCAAAACCUACUACCUUUUCCCUGUUCCUCUUAUCUGUGCUCCACUGCUUUAAGUAUCUUUCUCCUAGUUUCGCUCAUCCUGGAAAUGUGGCAGGAUGGGAGGAAAGUGCUUUUUAAGUAACCGAGCACAACAUGGUAGGGCAGGGGGCAUGUUUUACUUUCCUCCCCCAGCAUGUUCCUUACUUCAUGUGUGAAUAGGCCAGACAACUAGAUGGCUGCCCCGUCACAUCUAGCUUAGCUCCAAAACUCUCUGCCUUCUUUGUAAUGAAACAGUUGUGGCAAUAGAAGAUAAUUGAAGAAGAUGUUAAUGGCUUAAAGUAGUCCGACAGUUUUUCUUAAGACUGUUAGCACCAUGCCAAUCACGAUGGCUUCAGGGCACUAUCUCUGUCCACAGUAUGGUACCAUCUGCUGAUCAACUUCCCUGAUGGAUAUAAAUGCCACAGCAACCAGCCGAACCUCUUUCAUGUGGUCUGUUCAGGGUGGAGCGUUGAACUUUGAAAAUAAUUCUCCAACCAUCUAUUUAAUUCUUGAAUUAAUGUGUGAACCUUCAUAGGAUACAUAAUACACCUUUUAGGAGGAAAUGCUUGGAGGGGAAAUAGGUAAUUGGGUGUCAUGCAAGGGGAAAUUACCUGUCUUUGGUUUUAUCUGAUUAAGAUGUCCUGAAGGUGAAACUGACUGUGAGAGCUUUGCAAAUCUCCUUUUUAGUAAGUAAAAAUAUUAGACAUGUGCACCCAAGUGCAAAAAACAACGGGAAGAUUUCAACUCUUGGGAUUCUUAUUGAUGAACAGUAAUAUUAAAUUCAGUUAUGAGGCGCUGAAGAAUGCCACGUAGUUGAGCUAUAAAAUGCGACUGUAAAAUAUAAGUGACUUACAGAAAAUGGACUUACAGUAAACAAAGAAAUCUUCCAUUAUUAUGCUGCCAGCAACUGGUUCUGUAAAUUAAUGCUAUUAUCAUGUGUAAACUGACCCCAUAAUUGUUGGGGAGUACCUGGAAUAUGAAGUGGUUCAGUUUUUCUAGCAAUUUUUACAAAUAUUUUGUAUGGCUGAUGAGGUCCACAUCAACCUCAUUGGUUGGGGUGGUUAAAUAGGUAAGACAGUGUACAUUUCCCCAUUUGUGAAAUGACCCAAGUUUCUGCUCCAAGGACUGGCCAAAGCACAAAAUUAUCUUAUUAAAUUAGAAAGCUGGGCUGCUAAAAUAGUGAUCAAUCAGGAUAAAUUGAAUGUGCAUAUAUUUAAUUGUUCACUCGCAACAAUCACAGAGGUAUACCUAAAGAAACUGUAAGACGGAAAUGUUUGAAGGAACAUCAUACAGUUACAGUCAUCAGAUCACAAGCAGCUGCAGCUAAACAUUCUGCGAUAAAUCCAGGUUUGUUCCCCCAGAUGGAGAAUAACUGGUGAAGCCGAAUCAUAAUAAGUAGGAUCGAGAAGUUAUUGAGUGAAUAACACAACAGGCUAAUCAGUUUUAGAUUGCAUUAAUAGAAGUAACAGGUCUAAGAUUUAGGAUACACUAUUCCUGAUUUAUAUAGCAUUGAUUCCAAAAUUUGACUGGAUCAAAUGUAAGCAUCUUACUUUGUUCUCAAAACUCUAGAAAGAUUUGACACUUUAAACAUAUUCCAGGAAAAGACAGAACAAUGGCAGAGAAAGCUGAAGGAACUAAGUAUGUUUAACUGAGAGUAGACGAGAUAAUAGCUUGACAGUUCUCAGGUAUUGAAAAAAGUGUGUCAGGAGUUUGCACUAUCCAGUGAUGACAGCAAGAAUUGUUCUUCAGGACGGCUUUGUCCUGUCUAUCUUGAGUUGUAAGCAUUUUGGUCAGGGGCCAGGCUAUUUCUCUGCUCUCUAAUGAGCAUGAUGAGCAUAAAAUAAAUAGUAUAGUAUUUUGCAGCACUGUAUACAUUCCCCCCCCAACCUCCCCUUGAAUUGCGAAACAUUGUCAGAUAUUAUUGUCACUGCUGCUUGAAUACUAACAAAUUGUAACCUGAUAGAUUAGGGGGUUAAAAGAAGAAUGGAGGGAAUCAAUGGGACUUUAAUCCAUAGCUCCACAGUUGCUCUGAGAACUGUUUCAGAAUUUUUAAAAAAUUGUCCAGUAGCACCGUAAAGGUAUAGGUAAGGUAGGUCCAGUCGUGACAGACUCUGGGGUUGCGGCGCUCAUCUCGCUCUAUGGGCCGAGGGAGCCAGCGUUUGUCUGCAGACAGCUUCCGGGUCAUGUGGCCAGCAUGACUAAGCCGCUUCUGGUGAACCAGAGCAGCGCACGGAAACGCCGUUCACCUUCCCACUGGAGCGGUUCCUAUUUAUCUACUUGCACUUUGACGUGCUUUCAAACUGCUAGUUUGGCAGGAGCUGGGACCAAGCAACGGGAGCUUUGCACUCUACCCCAGAGCUGGUCGGGGUUGGCAGGGGAAGCCUGGGUUUCCCCCAGCCCCAGCCCCAAAAAGCAGGUCAGGGAGCAGCGGAAAGGCUGCGCUCAGCCUUCCCGCUGCUCCCCGAGCUUGUGGGGCUGGCGGUGGGGGAAGCGCUUUCCCCCACCGCCAGCCCCAAAGAGCAGGUCAGGGCUGGCAGGGAAAGCCCGGGUCCCACCCCCAGGGACCACACAUUCGCUCCAUAGGACGCACAGACAUUUCUCCUUAGAUUUUAAGAGGAAAAAAGUGUGACUUAUGGAGCGAAAAAUACAGUAUUUUUGAGUAACCAUGUAUAGGAUUGCACGGCUAGUGCUUUAUUGCAGAUUAGUUAGCCUCUUAGAAUCAUAAAAUCUUAGAGUUGGAAGGGACCCAAGGGUCAUCUAGUCCAACCCCCUGCAAUGCAGGAAUCUCAGCUAAAGCAUCCAUGACAGAGAUGGCCAUCCAACCUCUACUUAAAAACCUCCAAGGAAGAAGAAUCCACAACCUCCCAAGGGAGACCCUUCCACUGUCGAACAGCUCUUACUGUCAGAAAGCUAUUUCGUAUGUCUAGUUGGAAACUCCUUUCCCGCAAUUUGAAGCCAUUGGUUCGAGUCCUACGUCCAGAGCAGGAGAAAACAAGCUUGUUCUAUCCUCCAUUUGACAGCCCUUCAGAUAUCAUAUCUCCUUUCACUCGCCUCUUGAGCCAUUUAUAGUGGUCAUGUUAUGACCAUAAAGCCACAGUCACUUGAAACAGAAAAUACAAGAACUACGUGUCUUAUUUUAGUCGAAGUUCCAUGUAAUGUCUAAAAUUGUCACCAUGACACACUUCACACUACCAGUCUCAGGUAGCAGAAAUAACAAAAUGUUCCCUGAAUUAAAAGUUCACAGCCUGCUUCUAAAAUUGUCAGGUUUUAUUCAGCAUUCUCUUCCCAUUGACAAAUCAGUUCAAAGACUCUGCUGAAAUAUUACUUUGAAAGGAGCCUGCAUUUGAUGGCAAGAUCAUUACUUCUUCUGCAGUAUAGAAUGGGAUCAUGAGGUCUCACAAAAAUUAUGGUGGUUUGUCUCCUGAAAUUUUAGCCUUAAAAAUCAUAAAAGGGUAAGAAAUGUCUCCAGAUUGACAAAGGACUCAAUUCAACCUGAGGAAGUGGGGGGGGGAGAGAUAUCAUUUGGUCAGGAAUUUUCUUUAAACCCUGACCCCGAGGGUGAAAUUGCAGAUUUUCUCUGUGUACUGUUGAACUGAAAUGUCACCAGCGUGUGGAUGUUACUGUUAAGUAACUUAUUUAACAAUAUUCCUAAAGCCUUUUCAAGUUAAUUUGAUGGAGGUUUGCUACAGCCCGCGACUCCUGCUGAUCCUUUCCUCCUAACCUCUCCUGUAUCCUUGUGCAUUUUUCAUGACCCAAAGGUUCAAAAUAUACAGAGCCUUGGUAUGCUACCACCAUAUUUAUCGAUCUGUAAGAGCAACUUAGUAUCUUUUCAUUAAAAAAAAUAUUGAUAAUGAAGAUGCAAUGUCCACAGUUCGUAGUUGGCCUCAGUUGCCAAAUGAAAAAUUGUGUUUUUCAGAUCCCUUCGCUGGCUAGCUUUUUUGUGGGGCUGAGCUGCUUCGGGCAGCCAGGAAUCCUGCCAGCUUUUUCCCAUGGGAAAGGGAGGAGUGGAGCUUGCCCAGGGGACUGUUGUUCAGCUGAGGCAUGCUCAAAAGCAUUCUGAUAGAAUCAUAGGUCUGAGGGCCCAACCUGCUACAGUGCAGGAACAGGCAGCUGUCCAAUACAGGGAUUGAACCUGCAACCUUGGCAUGAUCAGCACCACAUUGUAACCCAGGCAUAGGCAACCUCGGCCCUCCAGAUGUUUUGGGACUACAACUCCCAUCAUCCCUAGCUAACAGGACCAGUGGUCAGGGAUGAUGGGAGUUGUAGUCCCAAAGCAUCUGGAGGGCCGAGGUUGCCUAUGCCUGCUCUAACCAACUAAGCUAUCUAGGCUGAUAGGGAGAAGGGAUGCUAAGCCUCUUUGUGGAACUGAGCCAAUCCUUAUGUGAGCAGAUGUGUACACUGAUUAUUCCUCAGCUCUUGGACUGAAUGGGGAAGCUUAUCUACACUUGGGCUUACCGAUCAGAAGGUUGGCGGUUUGAAUUCCUGCGACGGGGUGAGCUCCUGUUGCUCUGUCCCAGCUCCUGCCAACCUAGCAGUUCGAAAGCACACCAGUGCAAGUAGAUAAAUAGGUACUGCUGCGGUGGGAAGGUAAACGGUGUUUCUGUGCGCUCUGGUUUCUGUCACGGUGUUCUGUUGCGCCAGAAGUGGUUUAGUCAUGCUGACCACAUGACCCGGAAAGCUGUCUGUGGACAAACGCCGGCACCCUUGGCCUGAAAGCGAGAUGAGCGCCGCAACCCUGUAGCCGUCUUUGACUGGACUUAACCAUCCAGGCAUCCUUUACCUUUACACUUGGGUCAUGCCCAGAGCUUGCAAAUACUUCCUUGCUUGCAAAUAAAAGAGAUCGUUUUGAAUUAUCAAUAGGGAGAUAUCUGCGCCUGAAUGAAUGAAAAUUACUUAAUACUGGCUUAAUUUUUCAGGCUAGAGCUCUUUUACACUGAUAUAACUGCCCUUCCAUCUCUCCCCUGCCCGUUCCGAUUUCUGAAAGUCACAGUGCGGAAGUAUGCUGUUAUUGUUUCAUUAAGGUUACCUGAACUGCACGUUUCCGUGCUUUGAGGAUGGCUCGAAUGCCAUUUCCUUCCAAAUUGAUAAAGACAGUCAUAAUUUGUCAUGCCUGCAAUUGGAUGCACUAACCUGGUGAGAACAUGAUAAUGUGAUUGACUCAGCCGAGGGGCUGACAAGCAGGUGGUAUAUCGAGGCACAGGGUGAGCAUGACAGUAACGGAUGGAAAUAGGCAACUCGAUUGUAAACACGCUUCCCCAGUCCCAUUAUCACCAUUAAUAAUACAUCCCUUAAGUGCAAGGUCAUACUCUCAAAAUUCCACUUAAAUGAUGCCAAGCAUUUCCAAAAGUAGUGUACAGAGCAAGGGAACUCUCAGGUGUAUAGGUGUAAUGCUCUGUAGUAAUAAUGCACUCCUUUUAAUGCUUUGAAAUAUUGGAGGUUGCUUAGCAUCUCUGCAUGUCAUGAAUUACCGUAUUUUUCGCUCUAUAAGACGCACCAGACCAUAAGACGCACCUAGUUUUUGGAGGAGGAAAACAAGAAAAAAAAUAUUCUGAAUCUUAGAAGCCAGAACAGCAAGAGGGAUCGCUGCGCAGUGAAAGCAGCAAUCCCUCUUGCUGUUCUGGCUUCUGGGAUAGCUGCGCAGCCUGCAUUCGCUCCAUAAGAUGCACACACGUUUCCCCUUACUUUUUAGGAGGGAAAAAGUGAGUCUUAUGGAGCAAAAAAUACAGUACAUGAAAAUACAAAGCAUGCACAACUUUUCAGAUUCGUCACCUAAUGAUUCCUUGUGCCUCUGAAGCACUGCCUCGGGAUAGUACUUAUCUUGUUAACUUCAGCUAAAACUCAUAAAGAAUGAACAUUUCUUUGAUCAACAGUGGAGCGAUCCAAACAGCUGAAAGUACCCGAGGUUUUUUUCCUUCUUCUUCCUUGAGAAAACAUUUGGAGAAAAACACCCUGGCGUGAUUUGCAUCGCCCAUCAAAGAGCAAGACUGUCUUUGAUGGAACAUACUGGAUAUUUUACAGCACGCCCCAGAGUUCAGUGAAUUUAGGAAGCAACUGCAUGCUUCCUUCUGUGUGUCCCGACAAAAUAGCCAUAUAUUAAGUUCCUGAGUUUUCUGUGUGAGGAGGAAGUGUGGAGUCAUUGGGGAACCAUAAAAAACAAUCCCCUUUUAAAAAAAAGUGGGAGGUUGCUGUGAGCCAGGGGAGAAGGCAGCCUUCCUGAAGUUCACAAGUCCUGUUGUUGUUGUUGUUUUUUAAAUGACUGCUUGAAGAUUCCCAUACUGGAGUGAAGCGAUAAAGACCAAAGUUUUAAAAGGCAUGCAGGAGGCUGUGUUACAUGCCACUGUUCAAAUUGCAGGCAGUAUGCCACGUACGUAAUGUGAGUCUUACAUAAACUCAUUGUACGUGGCAGUUGCAGUAUGAAUGUGCAGUUGCCAGUUCCCUUUCCCUCAGAGCGAAAUUCGGAAUGUGACGGCUCAAACUAGAGAAGAGGGGUGAGGGCACCCCCACCUAUUCCACCUUCCCUUUUAGCAUGGGAUGAUCAGAAGGGAUCUUCUAAGUGUGUCUGUCUAAAUGUGCUUGGAGGCCUCUCUGCAAUAGGGCAUUCUGCAAUAACAGAAUUCCUCAUUGCGCAGAGACUUUUGCAUGCUUUCCCCUGAAGGUGCUAAGGAGCCCCUUUCCGACCACCUCACUCAGUGGGGGAAGUCCAGGGGCGUUUGGGCAGCUGAGACAAACCACAAAAUGCUUCCUGCUUCUUCUGGCCAAGGAAAGAAGGGGGGGCGGAAUAAAGAUCUGCAUCAAGAACAAGGAUGGGAGGAGACCAGCGGUGCCUCCUAUUUGCCAAGAGGCCGUUGUAGAGGCGGCAUUGGGGGGCGCUGCUGAAGAGGAAGCCCCUAAGGACACACCACAGCUGUUGCUGCCAUUGCGGUGGCGGCGGCAGCAGCAACAGGCAAUGUUUUUCUUGGUGGCUGGAUCUAUGCCCCUGUGGAUCCCACUGCCUGGGGUGGUCACCUCACCUUGUCUCAUGAGUGGGCCGGCCAUGUUCAGGGGUGGAGAAGGCACACCUAGAAUGCACACACCCCUCCUCAAUUUGAGCCUCAUGUACUGAGAAGGCUCAACUCUAGGGCAUUUUGUGUUACUGCACUUGGAUCACUGCUUAUUAUGCCUUCAUUUUGUGUCUAUCAGUGUUUGAGUCAUACAAGCCUUGCUACUGUUAUCUAAUCUCCUACCUGAGAUUUUUUGCAUUUUUGCGCUUUAGCUCCGGUGUUGGGUUGCUAAAAGGCAGUCUGAGUCCAACUUUCUGGUCUAGUUGAUAAAACUGUUGUGCUUUUGUAUUAUACAUUCUGAAGCAUUGGCCUUUUUUUUUUUACUGGAACAUGUUUCUUCAGAUUGCUUGGGACCGUGAGGAAAGGUUCAGUGUAUAAAGUGUCUGUCUUUUCUAGUAACGUUUCCCAGGGGACAGCAGAACUUUGGGAGCCCUGGGUGUAGAAAUCUUAGUUUGCCUUGUCAGUCUUCUUUCCAGCGCGUUUGGUUUUGCUCCAAUCCAUUCUGUGUUACUGAAAAGGCUAAUUCUUUGGGGAAUUAUUGCAGUCAGUUGCAUAGUAAUUGGUGGAUUCUUGAACAGCUGGAGAGUACUCUUAGAAUAUAAGGGAAAAUUUCACUCUUUCAAAGGAAGGGGAGGUUGGUCUUCAAAAGUAUUAAUAGAAAAGGCAUUUUAUACACACAUAUUGUUAUCUUCUUUCUCAGUUAUGCUCGCUAUUUGAACAAUCCAAGGCUAAUUCUUGAAGAAAAUGACUUUCCCCCCCAGAAACUACCCUACCCCAAAACAUGCUUGUAUUAUAUUUAAACUUUGACAGCCCUCCUUAUUUAUCAUCUAAAUGUUACUUGGUGCUACAAGUUGUUUAUAUUCUGUUCCACCCUAUGGUUUUUUCCCUUCUUCCUAUGUGUCCCCCACUAAUUCUUCUGAUUUCCACACUGACUUCUGUCCUUCAUGCAUAUUUGGGACACAAUUCUUGAGUCUUUGCAGGGAGGGGGGGAAACAUUAGCAGCACUUUGGCUACAGAAAUGGUUAUCCAAAAUCCUAUCUCCGUUCUUUACUAUGCAGUUUCAGUAAUUUUGCUGCUAGUCUAUUUUAUUCACCUGUCAUAUCUACAUUUUGGGGCCAAUAAGUCCUUUGCUUUCGCUGAUGAUGAGAAUGAUUCUUACCUUGUAUAACUUGAGAACAAGCAACUUUCAAAGUGAUGUUUCAAGAACUUUGCCCUGUAUGCUCUCCUUCUGACUUGCCCCAGGUGUUUAUCAGAGGAAAACAAAUAAAAGGAAAACUAAAAAUAUAUUGGCACGCUUUGUGCUAUAUAUUCCAGUGUGCAGAAUAACUGUGAGAGCAAGCAUCUGUGCUGAGAACCAUGUUGCUAUUUUCCUUUUCCUUUCCUUUUGCAUAAGAACCAUUCCUAUUUCGGAUACAUUUGCUGAGAACAAAGACAAGUAAUCCUACUGUAAAUCCAGCGGCUAAAAUGCAGUUCACACUGCUCUUAAGACUCUGGAGAAUGGGGAAUACAUCAGUCACAAGAGUGUGUCUGGAAUAAAGAAAUGUGUCUGCAUGUGCGGCUGGUGAAUGAUCUUGGCAUUCAGCAGAGAAAAGUAGAGAGGCAUUAAGAUUAAGAACCCACUAGACAGAGUUUCAGUUUCGCACUUCAUUCAUUUUUUAUUUUAAAUACUUAUAUCUCGUAUAAUUAAGGAAGUUCUCAAAGUGGCUUACAACAUUUAGCAGUGAUGAAAAUAGAAGUUCGUGUCUCUCACGGGGCAGGGAUUCCUCACCUGGGCUGCCGGUUAUGACGUUUACAGCUCUUGGCAGCCGAUGCAAGAAUCACAAGAGAAAAGGUGUUUUCAGGUCUCCCCUGGCCCAAUUUCCAGAUGUUUCACACGCUGCUCUGCUUCUGAACCUCUGGGCCAUAUCAAGGAGCAGACAGAAGAGUCAUCAUAAUAGGAUGGCAUUUCCACACCUGGACUGUUGCUGAUGUCUCUUGUGGCUCCCCCAGCAUGUUUUUGCCACCGUGAUAGCAAUGUUCAGUGUAUCAAAUGGGUUAUUGCAGUCACCUGUCUUUCCUCCAGACACCACAGGGGCUCACAAGCAAUUUCAGUGACCACCUGUAUUUCCGUGCUCCUGCCUGGCUGUAUUAAAAAAAAGUAUCAGUGGGAAUGAGAUGAAUGAUUCUGCAGCAACUUUCUCCAGCUUGGUGCCCUUCAGAAAUUUUGGGCUACAAAUCUUACCGUCCUUGAACCGUUGGCCAUGCUGACUGGGACACACAAAAAGGGUUUUAAAGCUUAAUUUUUUUAGACCUUUUCAUUGUAAAAUCAUAAAUUAACAUUGCUUAUGGUGCUAAUACCUAUUUAAAAAUGUGUGUGUGUGUGUGUGUGUGUGUAUUAUACUCUCUCUCUAUAAAUAUACACAUACCACACACACACACACACAUAUAUAUAUAUAUAUAUAUGGCAUUUUAUCUGGCAACUUUGCUUCCUCAUCAGUUGCCAUAGACACGGUCUCUACAUUGGAAUUGUUUACAUACUGUUUUCAUUCAUCUACUUCCCUAGUUACUGUAUUGCCUGAGCCAGUCUACAGAAAGCUUUGUCUGUUUUGAAAAACUAGAGGAUCGAUUGGCGGUGUUUAGCUACAUUUUGUUUCCUUUGUUUAGCUCACUUAUGUUUCUGACUUCCUUAGUUGUGUUUAUAGUUAGAUAUGGCAGCCAAAAGACAUGCCUAAUAAUGUAAACUGAUAGAAUCCAAUAGAAUUGUAACCUAUAUUUACCAUAUAUUGCAUCUACGCCUUUGGUCUUCCCCCAUUUUGCUGCUGCUGUUCCCUUGUUCUUUUCAUUUUUGGUGAAUUUUGGCCAGCUAACAGUGGCAAGCAGUUAUAGGACUAAACCUUCGCAUGGUUCUCUUUGACUGCAAUUAGUGCUGACUCCAUGUGUCCAGCAGUAUAUAUCCUUGUUACUUUACAGCAUAUCCAGGGCUAAAGCCCUGUAUAUGCACACACUCUCAGUUCUAGCGAUUGGUCUAGGUCCAAUUCCAACCACCUUCUAUUGUCCGGGCCAACAAGGGUCUGUUUAGAAUGCUGCUUGCUAUGGUCUAAUGCUGCUUCUGAUUGGCUCGAGCAAAACUCAUGAGAUUUCGCCAGGAAGUACAUAUAUACAGGGGAAAAGUUUCCAUCAUCAUCAUCAUCAUUAUACAAUAUAACCUCAGUUUCCCCCCUCAUGGUAAUGCACACCCUCCAACAUUUCUCCAAUGAAAAUAGAGAUGUCCUAUUUAACAACAACAACAAUAUUUUUACUAUUUAUACCCCACCCAUCUGACUGGGUUGCCCCAACCACUCUGGGCAGCUUCCAACAUAUAAAAAAAACCUAAAGGUUUUUAAAAAAAAUUCAUUUCCUAUACAGGGCUGCCUUCAGAUAGCUUGGGGUUUCAUAACUCCAUACCCUCCAACAUUUAUCCAAUGAAAAUGAGAGACCCGGCAGUUUCUGUAAAUCUGGGACUGGAAAAUAGGGACACUUUGAGGGGUCUGGGUAGUGGGUUUGUCCCCCUGGAUCUCCAGGCCAUAACAAAAUGUUCACCCCACCCCAUGCUUGGGUCCUGAAUACUUUUGAAGGGAAACCGUUUCACUGUGGCAACUGGCAGGGCAAACUAUAGUGCUUAUUCUGGUCUGUGCUGAGAGGAGAGGCUGAAAUCACUUUGGGCAGCAGGCCAGGCUUGUCAGCUGCGGCUUUAUGGUGCUUCAGUAACGAAGGGGCAAAAUGAGCUGCUGCAGAGCGUGUAAUAAUAAUACUUGGAUUAAAACGAUGUGUUGUUCAUAAAUGAAAUAUUAAAAUUGCUGGAAUGAGCAUAGUUUUAAGCCGGGAAGUAUUUUUGUGUUUAUUGCACACACGAUUUCAUUUCAGCGCUUCUGAUGUCUCGGGGAGUAAAGGGAACAGUGGCUAAAUAGCUUGGAUUAGCAGGGUUAUCUGCAGCUUUAAUCAUCCAGGUGCAGGGGCCGUGUAGCAAUAAGGCUUAAUGUGACGCACGGUGAAAAUCAUGGGUGUGGAUUUAAUUCAUCCAUGUGACCUUUCAACCACCUGUUAGAACCACACCUAUUUUUCCCCCUUUGAAAGGGAGCUGUUCUCAAUGGACCAAGCAAUGAAGCGGAUUACACAGGGGUAACUGGGAGUGAUUGCUUGGACUCCCAAAUCCCUUUCCAGCUUUUCCAUUCAUUGGCUUUAAAAAAUCCUAUUACAUGAUUGCAUUUGCAGGUGGAAUGCACAAGAGAAUGGAAAGCCUUUGAUUUCAUUAUUAUUGUUUUUGUUAUUGCUUUCUACCUUUGGAGGAAUUGCCAUAUGAAUUUCGAAACACUCCUUUUUUUUUAGUAGGAAUCUUGUGAGACUUCGCACAUCAGUCAGUUUCCAGGGCGGUAGCUGCGCUCGUUGCAACUGGCCAGGCUGUGUGCAAAAUAAUAAAUGGACACAAACCUGACAUUGGAAAUGGCAAUAGAAACCAGUAGCAGUAGGACAUUUAAGCCUACUGCAAUUGUUACUGACGGAACAAAAGGAGCAUGAAAGGGAAACCCCAUCCUGAAACUGCUGAAUUGCAACUUGAUUUCAAUUAUCUUUACUGGGAUCCCAACAGAGACAAUAGUUUCCUGUUGUGAAGGGUCACUGUGCUUAUUUUGCUUAUGUUUAAGCUCAGCUUGAACUGCCGCAGUUUUACAUUUCAUUUCCAUUUAACUUCAGCUAUCACAUUCCACACACCCCUUACGCUCAUUUGGAUAUAUUCCUGCCAACCAAGCAUUACGCUUCAUGCAUACGAUAAGUGGAUGCUAGCCCAUGAAAGCUUACGUCCUGGUAAGGUGUCAUAAGGUUCUUUCUUUUCAGAAAACUAAAUGGCUUCAGAUGCAGAGAACAGCAGUGAAUGUACAGUGGCAACACUCAACACAAAGAAUAGUGCAGAAGAUAGGUUCAAAAAUGGCUAAAACCUAAAUAUUAAGCUUCUAUAGUACUCGGGUUAUAAAAAGGUGGGGUUUCAGUGAGGGCAUGUUCAUUGUUGUAGCUGCUUAGCUAUGCCCAUGGGAGCCAAUUUCAUAGGGGUCGAGGUCCCUUCGGUCCUCCCAAUAAAAUAUUUGAGAGGGCUGCCCCCCACCCCAAGUUGAUGGGCAUUGCCAUUCAAAUGGUGUGCAUGCAUUGAAUAUUAUAUUCAAGUUGGCACCCCUGGCUACACCCUUCUCCAUGAUACACUAUUCCAUCCCUUCUCCUGACUGGCUUUCCACCUCACCCGAACCCAAUAGUUAGUUUCCCAUCCCCACUGAGCACACUCUGUCCUUGUUAGGCUGUUUUGGGUUCCCCUACUUCCUUAGGGUUUGUUCCCCUAAAUAUGUUUUGGCACUUCCUGCAAACAUGGGUGUUGUCUUCUCCCCUGUCCCUGUCCCCACCACGAGCCUGAUGAUACCUCGCCUCUGUGGCUGAGUAGUGCUGUUUAGACUGCAUAAGCAAAGGCACUUCUGAACCAAGGAAAUACUGUAUUUUUCGCUCUAUAGGACGCACCUUGUUUUAGAGGGAGAGAACAAGAAGAAUAAAAUCUCCCCCUCUCUGCUCAGCGCCCCUUCAGCAAAGCGGCAGGAGAAACGGAGCCCCUUCCAUUUCUCCUCCCGCUUCGCUGAAGGGGCGCUGCGCAGCUCUCCCUCUCUGCUGAAGCCAGGAGAGUCUUGCUCUCCUGGCUUCAGCAAAAGGAGCCCGAAGCCUCCGGAGCGCAGCGCGAGUUCCCGCUGUGCUCCGGAGACAUCAGGUUCCUUUCGCUGAAGCCGGGAGAGUCUUGCUCUCCCGGCUUCAGCAAAAGCAACGCGAAGCCUCCGGAGCGUGGAGGGAGCGCUCCCUCUGCGCUUUGGAGGCUUCGCGUUGCUAUUGCUGAAGCCAAGGAGCCUACAUUCGCUCCAUAGGACGCACACACAUUUCCCCUUAAUUUUGGAGGGGAAAAUGUGCGUCCUAUAGAGCGAAAAAUACGGUAGAUGGAAGAUGUGGGCUGCCCAGUCUUAAAUGCAAUGGUGUUCCAAAAAGCCAGGAGCCCUGUGGACCAUAUUCUUGUUCCCUAUUGCCCGUACCAUUGUGCCAUAGUAUGUGAAGAGAACUUCAGCAUUUUAAGCUGGGCAGCAGACAUUGCUAGCCAGAAUCCUCCUGAAUGUUCAAGGCAGAUGAUGAAGAGCCAGCCCUGCUCCACUUCUGCUGGUUUUAGAUCUCCUUGAGCUCGUUCGGUUUUGCCUGUUUGUUGCUUCCCUGUCUUACUACCUUGACCUGCUCUUUUCCUCUUGGUCUCCCAUGUAUUACAAAUUCUGCACCUGCCUGUCUCCUCUGCUCAGGCCACCUGAAGCCUUUCUGAUUGCAGCACUGCAUCUUGUAACACACAGAAAAAUGUGGAGUGGCUCUGAUCCCAAAGGCUGCACUUUACAAAGAACAGGUUUGACAAGUCCCUUCCUCUGGGGGGCUUACAAUCUAAAUAUAGACACAAGGGAAACAAUAGAAUGGAGAUAGGGGUAAACUGGAAAAAACCUACGAUUAUUUUGUUUAAGCAGUUACAGAAGAACUUUGGGGCUAGGGGAUCAGCUUGCAGAAAACAAUGAUGGAGUCGGGGCUUCUUUUCAGCCAGAACUCACUGGAACUCAGUUCUGGCACCUCUCAGGUGUGCACCAUCGCCAUUAUAAGAGAACAGGGGCAGAGUUCAUGGUGAGUUCCAGCACCUCUUUUUCUAGAAAAAGAAAAGUGGCGGAGCUGGUAAUUGGACAGGAGGAAUCAUGGACAACAUGAAAUGGCUGUGUACAGAAUAAGGAGGAAAAAAUGAAUCAAAUAGCAUUUGCUUUUUCAGAGUCAUGCUUUUGAAACUGCUUUGCAAAAUGCCGUGGCUUAUUGCCCGGGGUACAGUCAGCAGAGCAGAGCAAGCUGAAGUUCACUCGGCAUAAAUCUAGUGUAAUAGGCUAUUGCUGGAGUUCACAUUGAGGCCAGUUUUGUCAGGUGCAUUGUAUGAUGAGUAUAUAUUAAGAAUUAGCACGCGCUGGUUGGAGUAGGAUUUGCACGUUUACUGGUUCUCACAGACCUGGAGCUAGCCGGACUACCUCUUUCCUUAACACCGAGAGAGAAAUUAGUCCUUCUACUACACAUCCCCUGGCGCUGUCAGCUACCACCAUGACUGGGGAAGGAACUUGCCUUCUCCUUUCCUCGCCCCCAUUCUGUCAGCACCUGCUGAUCAGAGGAUCUUGCACAAGCAGCGUCUGCUGGUAAAGAAACAGCGUCAGGAAAAUAUGUGGGGUAAGAAAUGUCAGUUUUUAAUAAAACCUCUUGACAACUUAGCUAUAAUCUGCAUGCACACUUUUCAUUUGGCUUACAUCUAGCAUGUGGUUCUCCAAUUAGUAAAGGAUUUUAGUGUGUGUGUGGAUGUAUGUGCACAUGGCAUGCAUGGAUAAAUAGAAGACAGGUGGUCAUGAAAAUGAAAGCCUCUUAAGGAGCUUGUUAGCCAGCAGGUCUCUGGGCAGGAGGAUAAAGUGCUUGUGAUUAAUUGAAACGGGUCUGGAGUUCGAAUUUCAGCUCACCUAUUGACUAUUUGCUAGUUGAUCUGGAUGUGCAAGUUUUGAACAUGCUUAUCAUUUGGGGUUCCUUUGAAGUGCUCCCCUUACUCAUGUCCCCGAAGCAUGUUUUAAGAAACAGUUUAGAACUUUGGUGUGAGUGUUGCUUAGGAGGAAGCAAAGAGGAAACACUACAUUUGAGUUGUCAGAAGAAUUUAAAAUGCAGUUCAAACAAGAUGCCUGGUUGGUGCGACCUUUGCGUCUGGAGUGUGGUCGCUAAGAAACUCAGUUUCUCCAUUUGUAGCACAGUAAUAAUGAUCCCUUGCUUUGUGAUGGUGGCUGAAGUAUUGCUACUUGUCUAGAGCCUAAUACAGUUGACUAUAAAUCUAAAUGAGCCUUAAUGGAGAAUUUCUAGCUACCAGAAACAGUAGCUUUGCACUCAUUGAGCACCUGCCACAGAUUCAAAGUUUUGAGUAUUAUCUUGUCUUAUUAUACCUUCUCAAUUUCAUUUUGCUGUUAAAAAAAGGUACUUUAAAAUCAUCAAGUGGCCCAAUCUAAAUAGUGUGGAUUGUUUUCAAUCUCACCCCUUUAAGCUUUGGCCUCCUUUGUUCCUGCACACCAAAAAUUGCAAAAGCACCCCUGUCCUCAUCUUCAGCAAUGAAAAACGACUCCUUUUAUUAGUUGUAUGUCUCUUUUUGUCUCUAUUGCAGCUAAUCCUGCCUGUAGUGUUCAGACUGAGGAGUUUGUGAAUAGCUUAUUUGUUUAUCCCUCUUGUAAAGAAGAUUACUGUAUGUACAGAGGCUGUGGAGGGAUGCUGAAAUUACUAAUGUCUUGAUUGACCAGGCUGGUUUCCCAUUUUCUGCUCCAGCCAGGGAUACAGAAACGAUCUCUUCCAUCCCUGCCUUCUUUUCCCUUUGCUCUUUUGGUAGGUUCUUGCUGGAGUGCCUUGACUAGAUAACUUCCCACCAAAUUCAAUUCUGCUCUCUUAAAAAGCACAAUGAUGAAAUAUUGGAAGUUCUACAUAAGGGUGUAUGAGAUGGUAGGGUAUUUAUCUUGCACAAAAAUCUUGCCCAGGUCACAUGUUUCAGAAUGCGAGUUUGAUGAUGGUAUAGCCUUGACAUUAGUUUUCAUGCAUCUUCAGGUAAGGAUGUGAUGCCGAAGAAUUGAUGUAUAUGUGUUUGAAAAUUAAUGUAGGUCCAUGGCUGUGUUCACAUUGAAUAUUUAUACAAGAAUAAAUACAUUAGGGUUUCACUACUAAUGCAGUGCUUCUGAUUGAUCACUGACAUGCUUAUUGUACCAUGUGUAAAAAGAACAUUUGCAGAUCAGACAGACAGUUACAUUUUGUUGAUGAUCAGAUGCCGUGUGAUCAAAUGAUUCACAAAUGGGAUCAAAAACAGAUGUAAAAAAAAUAAUUUCUAGCACAGCUUCACAAUCUGUUUUUUAUUCCUAUCAGGUGGUACACACGCAUGUCUGAAUUAGUGUCCGGCUGUUGAACUAUUUGCACUGGUGGUUUUAUUGCUGCUCCUGACAGUGAUAAAAAGCAUAGGAAUUAAUUUCCAGCUGUUCUGGGACGUUGAAGCCUAGAAGUGUUGGAGCCCACCCAACAGGAGGUCUGCAGUAGAAUAACCAGUGAUAGACUCGGUGUCUGAGAAUAUUAUUUAAGUUGCAUUUUUUAUUUUUCACAGAAGUCUGACUCUGACUAGUCUUGCAUAACCUUUCCCUUUUCUCCAUCCUCUUUUUCUCCUUGUCCCGUCCAAAAAUACUAGAGCUCCAAGCGAGAGUGGAAGCCCCUGGAGGAUCGCAGCUGCACAGAUAUCCCAUGGCUGUUGCUGUUCAUUCUCUUUUGCGUCGGCAUGGUAAGUAACACAGCUCUAAAGGGGAAUCAGCGCAGGACUUUUCUUAAGGGACUCCUUGUUAAAACCUUUAUUUAGGGUGCAGGGUUAUAUAUAUGUGUGUGUGUGUGAUGUUAAAUGGCUGUGAUAAAAUACUAAUGUGACUGGCUUCCGCGCAACUCUGAGAUCAGUGUAUUUUGUGCAUUAGAAAUUACACAACAGUUCCCCUUCUGCCAACACACCUCUUAUUGUAGAAUGCUGACCUACUUAUCUGAACACUGCUUUAAAACAUGCUGGCACCAACAAUUAUUUUUUAAAAAAUAUUCUCAACCUUUCAUUGAACUAGAAUUUGCUUUUGUUUUUCAGAACUUUUUGGCUGCCUUUCUUUAAGACCUUAAGGCAGUUGCAUACAUUAAAAUACAACAUUAAAACCACAUACUGAAAUUAAGUGCCGUAUUUUUCGCUCUAUAAGACGCACCAGAUGACAAGACGCACCUAGUUUUUGGAGGAGGAAAACAAGAAAAAAAAAUAUUCUGAAUCUCAGAAGCCAGAGCAGCAAGAGGGAUCGCUGUGCAGUGAAAGCAGCAAUCCCUCUUGCUGUUCUGGCUUCUGGGAUAGCUGCGCAGCCUGCAUUCCCUCCAUAAGACGCACACACAUUUCCCCUUACUUUUUAGGGAAAAAAUGAGUCUUAUAGAGCAAAAAAUACGGUACUACAUCCAGCACCCUUGCAAUACAAUUGCCCUCUCCUUACCAUCAUGCCAAAGUUAACACUUGAAUGCUAAAAGCCUGGGGGAAUACACUAUGGUAUUCACUUGCCAGUGCAAGAAUUUCUUCCUCUCCCCAUUCGUGCCCCGCAGGCUUCCCAAAUCUGCUCCAGAGCAUUGAGGGAAUUUGGGGGCAUGCAGGGGCAUAGUUGGGGAACAAUGUUCCAUUGUGCAAGUGGAAAUCCUUGUGCCUUAGUAUUGUACUGGAUUCCACCCAAAAGCAGUGCAAGAAUAUUGCCAGAUGAGUCCUAGAGACUUUUCAGUUGUUCUCGUGUGAUCACAUAGAGCAGUGUUUCCCAAACCUAGGUCUCCAGCUGUUUGGGUUUUUUUUACUACAUUUCCCACCAUUCCUGACCAUUGGUCCUGCUAGCUAGGGACAUAGCUGUCAACGUUUCCCUUUUUUAAGGGAAAUUCCCUUAUUCUGAAUAGGAUUCCUCACAAGAAAAGGGAAAGGUUGAUAGCUGUGGCUAGGGAUGAUGGGAGUUGAGUCCAAAAACACCUGGAGACCCAAGUUUGAGGAAACACUGGUUCAGAGGAAACUCCUUUUCAUCACUCUUAAUUUUUCCCUUCCUAAUAGAAGGCUGGGACACUGGGAUGCGGGUGGCGCUGUGGGUUAAACCACAGAGCCUAGGACUUGCCAAUCAGAAGGUCGGCGGUUCGAAUCCCCGCGACGGGGUGAGCUCCCGUUGCUCGGUCCCUGCUCCUGCCAACCUAGCAGUUUGAAAGCACGUCAAGUGCUAGUAGAUAAAUAGGUAUCGCUCCAGCAGGAAGGGAGACGGCGUUUCCGUGCGCUGCUCUGGUUCGCCAGAAGCGGCUUAGUCAUGCUGGCCACAUGACCCAGAAGCUGUACGCCAGCUCCCUCGGCCAAUAAAGCAAGAUGAGCACCGCAACCUCAGAGUCGGCCAUGACUGGACCUAAUGGUCAGGAGCCCCUUUACCUUUAAUAGAAGGCAUGUGGAGCAGAGUCUUUCCAGUAGUGAGGUGGUCCCCCUCAAGGGAUGUAAAGUGUUUAGAGGUUUAAUAACGAUCCCCAGCACUUUGAAUUGGACCAAGAAGCUAAAUGGUAGCAAAUGUUGAGAAUCGGCAUAACACGAUUUCUCUACCUGUUGUACCUGUCAAUAGGCCAGCAGCUGCGUUCUGAACUAGCUGCUGCUUCUGUAGUACCUUCAGGGGCAUAGCCUCAUACAGAGUGCAAUGGGUCAGCCCCAUAUCAUGUGCCUGUAGCCCACAGCCUGAAAAUCCCUAGGGCAUGAGCACCACUAGUGCAAGAUGUUUAUCCGAAAGGAGGGGUCACAGCCAGCCAUAUUAUAUAUGACUUAUAAUGUGUACUGCUGGUCUCCACCAUUACCUGAACUUCUGAAAGCAACCCUGUUUUUAAAACUCAUGCAGUUCACAAACCUAUUUUAGGAAGUUUGUGACAACUCAGAGCAAGAUGCAUCCAGAUUUCUUAUGCAUCAGAUUCUCUCUCUCUCCCUCUCUCUCAACACAGAGUUUUAAUUUGACCGCCUUUAUGUAACUGGUAUAUAUUCAUACUUCGCAUGAUGCUACAGAGGUUUUGGGGGGGGGGCACUUUUCCUUUUUAAAAGAUCCUGAAAUAAGGAUGAAAGCAAGAUAGGAGUAAUUUUUGUUUUAUAUAUCUCUGUGGGGAACAUAUCACAAAGCUGCUGUUAAAAAGAAUGGUCUUUUUUAAUACAGUUUGCCAUGGAAAGCUUUCGUUCUCAUCUCAUUUCUUCCCAGGGUCUUAUUUGUGGCUUUUCAAUAGCUACCGGAGCAGCUGCAAGAUUGGUUUCAGGAUAUGAUAGUUACGGAAAUAUCUGUGGACAGAAGAAUAUAAAAAUAGAUGGAAUAGACAACAGUGGCUUAGACCUCACAAAAAAGAAGUGAGUAAUGGGGUCCAAUUACUGCUACAGUUGUUUCAUUAACUGAUGGAAUAUAGUUUUCUUUCAUUUUGGCUGUGGGUGGCAAGAUUAGGGAGAACAUUAAUGCAUUUCUUACUGUAAGUGUGGACGCCAUAGUUUUAUGUCAAGUGGUCACUUUCUCAUGAACACUUCUUGUACCUGGGUACUUGUGCAUCCUUAAUGUGUUCCUGGCUUUCAUACUUGUGAACCAUGUACUCUGAAAUUUCAAUUUAGAAUCCCUUUGAUGCUUCCGUGUGUUUAGAUAGUGCUGAGUUCUUAGUACCUCUCCAGGGUUUCCUGAACUACUUACAAAAUUAUGUUUUUGUAAUUCACUUCUGUUGUGGAGAAUUCAUAUUAAUAUAUACGCUACACACUAUUUUAGCACUUAGCACUUUAGCACUAUUUUAGCACUUAAUUUUAUAACGAAUGAUUUUAGACUGUUGUUUAUGCUGUACUUUUGUACUGUUUUAUUGUUGUUAGCCGCCCUGAGCCCGGCUUCGGCUGGGGAGGGCGGGAUAUAAAUAAAAUUUAUUAUUAUUAUUAUUAUUAUUAUUAUAUUAGUGAUAUACCAGUUUAGUCUUCGCCAAAGGAAUUGUUUUCUGUGAAGUAGUGACAUGUGGUUGAAAUUUUUCUGUGAAGUUCAUUAGUUCAUUAGUAACAGUGAAUGGAUACCAGUUGUAAAUGUGAUAUUAAGUAAGGCAGUUUCAAAGGCUUUGGUUUUACUAAAUAUAUGUAAAAUAAACAUGCUAAAUCGGAUUACUCUCUUGGACAUCACAAAAAUUUUCUGAUGCAAAUUGAACAUAUCCCCAUUUUAAAAUAAUUUAGCAAUGUAAACAACAAACAACACUGUUCUAAAAUAAGAGCUGUAAAACAAAAAAAUUGACUCUUCAUAAUAGUAACAUAUGCAAUAACUGAUUUGGUGUUUAGACAAUAUAACCAAAUUGAACAUUUUCUGAUGCAAAGUACCUAAAGGCAACUUUUCUAAUUCAAGCUUUUCUGGAAGACCCACAUCAUUGCUUGAAAGUGCAGUGACUACAGUUCAGUGAGGAUAGAUAAUGACCAUUAAUCAGCUUGUUCUCAAAGCUACCAGCAUGAGUUUGACCAAACUGCGGGAGGCAGUGAAAGACAGGAGUGCCUGGCGUGCUCUGGUCCAUGGGGUCACGAAGAGUCGGACAUGACUAAACAACAACAAAUCAUAUUGAGCUUGUGCUGUAGAAAAGCCCUUAGAUGUUUUAGUAUUAUGGGAGCCUUGGAAUAUAUUUUCAGGGUCAUGUGAUGCAAGGCAGAGUUUAUGUAGCUCAGAAACAUUUAAAGGGCUCUGGGAUAGCUGAAGUGUAUGUAUGUGGACCUUUGAGGAACAAUACUUAAGAACGACCUAAGUCCUUUCUGUUGCAAAUGUGAAGGACAUCCUAUUGAAAAUCAAACAAUAGAGAUGAUUCAAAGGAACAGGGAUAGGUAUGGGACCUAGGCCGGCCGCUAGAACUGAGAGUGUGUGCAUAUCCAGGGUUUUAGCCCUGGAUAUCCUGUAAAGUAACAAGGAUAUAUACUGUUGGACACACGGAGACAGCAUUAAUUGCAGUCAAAGAGAACCAUGCUAUGGUACCUUCCUGUUUAGUUCUGUAACUGCUUGCCAUUGUUAGCUGGCCAAAAGUCACCCAAAAUGAAAAGAAAAAGGGAGCAGCAGCAGCAUAAUGGGGAAGGCCAAAGGUGUGGAUGCAAUAUACGGUAAAGAUAGGUUAUAAUUCAGUUGGAUUCUAUCAGUUUCCAUUAUUAGGCAUGUCUUUUGGCUUUCCUCCUUUCUCUAAAAUUCAGAGUCCUUUGAAAAGCAAAAUAUAUAUUCAGUGAACGAGAAAAUGAAAUUUGAUAGAAGCCAUGCAGGCAUUGACGCAGAAAGCAAUGACGCUUGGAAGAAACAAGAUUUGUCUCUAUGACUUUGUGAAAUUUCUUCUUGCGCUACCUUUCGUUGUGGCAUAAUGUGUGGUAACAGAAUUCAACCCCUUUUCGACUUCAGUCACGUUUUAAUGCGAUGACAAUAUGGCUAUGCUGACUUUUCCCCUGUGUGCAGUUCAGAUGUUGAAAGCGAGACACAGGGAGCAAACGGUGCAGAAGUAAUAAAAACUACCACUUUUCGAAAAGCUACAAAGAACCUGAUUCUUGACUCUGUCUUCAGGCUAACAAAAUGGGGUUUUCAUGGUCUGAGGCGCUUGAACUUUCCAGUUUGCAGCCUCCCAGAAUUUCUCCCCAAGGAAAGCACACAGCGAACCCCAGACAGGGAUUAAGACAAGAGACUUAGAUAGUAUAGAUUGGGACAUUUUUUCACCCUGAGGGUCUCAUUCUAAAAGUCUGGUAGUUUUUUUUAUCUUUGACAUCUGGUGGGAGGGCGUUCCACAGAGAGGGCGCCACUACCGAGAAGGCCCUCUGCCUGGUUCCCUGCAACUUGGCUUCUCGCAGUGAGGGAACCUCCAGAAGGCCCUCAGUGCUGGACCUCAGUGUCCGGGCAGAACGAUGGGGGUGGAGACGCUCCUUCAGAUAUACUGGACCAAGGCCGUUUAGGGCUUUAAAGGUCAGCACCAACACUUUGAAUUGUGCUCGGAAACAGCAGCCCUGUUUAGGGAAGCUUUUAAUGUUUGAUGUAUUACAGUAUUUUAAUAUAGAUAUAUUUGAAGCCGCCCAGAGUGGCUGGGGAAGCCCAGCCAGAUGGGCGGGGUAUAAAUAACAAAUUAUUAUUAUUAUUAUUAUUAUUAUUCCCCUAUGAACAGCCUUCUGGUAGCUUAUUGCCAGUGGUGGGUGGAGCCACAGCCAGAGGCGGAGCAAGUGGGGGCAGUUCACCCCAGGUGUCAUCCCUGGUGGGGGGGGAUGACUAAAUCCCCCCAGGGUGGAUCGCCACCGCGCUGAUCGCGCACCCCCGGGCAGAUCGCCCCGCCCCCACGUGCACGGCAUCUGGCUGCUUCGGGUAUCCGAGCAGCUGGCACCACCGCUGGCUGCAGCCGGACAUGGAGAGAGCAACAGGUGCAAUUCUUACCUUUGUACUGUAGGCUACUGUGGCGUUUGCCUCCUAGGUGGGUCAUAAGGAAAGGAUUAAAAUGAGUGUGAUGUGAUUAGCCAGUGGAAACUGAUAGGAGGAGUUAGAGUGAGAGUUGGAGUUGUGUGGAAGUCAGUUGAGAGUGGGGAGUUGGAGAAGGAAGAGGGAGGAAUAGUCUGUGGGUUGGUCGAGUUGUGUUGUGAGGGAGUGAGAGGAAUUGUUAGGUGGAGUCAGAUAGAUAGUUAGUUGGGAUAAUUAGUUUGAAGUUGUUAGGAAUGAAUAGGACAGUUAAGGAACUAAGAUUAAGAAACUGCCAAGAAAAAUUAACUGUAACCAUAAGCUUGUUCAUGCCUAUAAAAAUAAAUUUGAUUGUUUGUUAAUGUUAACAACUGACUGGACUCCGUGUGUACCUGUGAGAAACGGGUUGGUGGCAGCAAAUACAGUGGUGCCCCGCAAGACGAAUGCCUCGCAAGACGAAAAACCCGCUAGACGAAAGGGUUUUCUGUUUUUCGAUGCGCUUCGCAAGACGAAUUUCCCUAUGGGAUUGCUUUGCAAGACGAAAUGUCUUGCGAUUUCUUGCAAUUUUUUUCGCUUCCCCCCCCCUUUUUCUAAGCCGCUAAUAGCCGCUAAACCGCUAAUAGCGCUAAUCCGCUAAGCCGCUAAUAGGGUUGCUUCGCAAGACGAAAAAACCGCUAGACAAAGAGACUCGUGGAACGGAUUAUUUUCGUCUUGCGAGGCACCACUGUAAAGCAAUGACAGUGGUGGCACAGGGUCCCUAGACCGUCAAACGUCCAGGGGCCCUGUGUGAUCGCCACAGCUACCUUUCAACCAUGCAAAAGCCAGAGGGGGACACAGAUCAGGGCUUUUGAGGGGGUGUGGCCUGAGAAUGGGGUGUGGCCUGGGGUGUGAACUGGGGAGAGGGGCGUGGCCUAGGGUGAGUACCAGGAGAAAUCUGGAGGGUCACUUUCUGCUUGUGGACUAGAGGCUCCCUACUCUGAGCUUGUUUAAUUUAUAUUCAGGGACCCAUCUCAAAAGACAAGUACUAGUCACUUCUUACCAAAUUAUUUAUGCCUUAUAUCAGUCAUCACCUUUCCAUGCAACACACAACCUUUUGGCCUAUAGGAAAUAAAAUGUGCUCAAUAAAACAGUACUAGCAAUUAAUACACUAUAUAUUUCCUUGAGAUUGCCACAAAAAGUUCUCCAUCUGCUCAGCAGCUGACGUAGCAGAUGGUUUUAUUGCAAGAUUUUUAUUGUACAGAUUUUUUUUUCAUAUUCUUCCUUUUUCGGUCCAAAUGUUUAUUAAAAAUCUGUUUUUUAAAAUGUCAGCUUUUCCAUCCAUAUAAGGCAGAAUGUGAAAAAUGCUUAUUUCUUAAAGAGAUGGAAACAUUAUGUGUAACUGAAGACAGGCAGCAAAAAGGCCACAACUUUUUUUUAUUUGCGAGUUUCUUGACUUGCUUCCCACUAUCCCUGGAUGUAAAAUAGUUCGAUGGGUAGAAUUUUUCCAUUUCAGAAAAUGUAAUGAUUCAGAACGUCUAGGGAAUUUGAAUCACAGAAAGCUUAUUUUCCUUCUCAAAAAUAAACGAAAAAGGUUUCUACCUGAGAACACUUCUAAUUCCAUUUUAGACUUAAACCCACCCACCCCCUUGGACCAACUCCCCAUCCCUUGGACCAACUUGGUGCCUUCCAGAUGUUUUUGAACUACAGCUCCCAUCAUUCCAGGCUGGUUAGGGUUGAUGGGGAUUGGACUCCAACAACAUCUGAAGAGCACCAUUUAAGGCAAGGCUGCUUUGGACAAUCUCCUCUUCCAAUAUCCUGGGAGAUCAUAAUGACUGUUCCCUAUUGCCUUCCUCAUCCCUUCAGAUACCCUAGAACAGGGGUCUGCAACCUUUAAGACAAAAAGAGCCACUUGGAGCGAAGAAAAAAAACCUGGGAGCCGCAAAACCAUUGCGACAUUUAAAACAGUGGGGAGUGUCGGGGCACACAAUGCGCCUCCUCCCCUCGCUAGUAUCCGCCCCGGAGCCGCAGCAAAGGUGUAAAAGAGCCACAUGCGGCUCCGGAGCCGCGGGUUGCUGACCCCUGCCCUAGAAUAUGUGAAACUGAUAUGCAAUUUGUUUCCAAGAGAGCUAGUGUAACACAGAGGCAACAAGUGUCAUGGAUGGCCUGUGAGCUAGGAAAAUCCCCGUUCAAAGCAACAAGCGGCUUUAGGCAACAGUCCUGAUUUUUCAGCUUCACCCCCCUCUUAUCUAACAAUAUGGUCCCAUAUGAGCAAUUUUUAAAAUCUGGUGAUUUAAAAACUUGGUUUUGCCAAGUUUACUUUCAGUUUCAAAGAAUCUUGGCUUAGUUUUACAUGCAAACCAAGAAUCCCAAUUUAAAAGGAACUAUGGUUAACUGCUAAAGAAGCAAGCUUUUAAACCUGUGGUUUAAAAUUGGCUUGUUUAGCAGCUAGCUAGUGUUUGUUUUCAACCAGGAUUCCUGGUUUGCAGAUAACACUAAGCCAAGAUUCUGCGAAAGUAACUCCCCAGAAGACCUUUUCCUGUCCAUGCAGAAGGAUAGAAGAGGAGACGCAUGCAAGCCCCACACUUCACUCAUGCUGACUGAGACGUGUCUGCGUAAUGCUAAAUCAAGGCUUAGCAAUGCAUCCAAAGCAGCCGUUAUAUGACCACGCUUGCCUCUGGAAUUGUCCUGAGACUCUAAUCGAGCAUACUGUUUGGUGUUUCUGCGCUAUGCUCGUUUGACAGUAUAGAGCUGUCUAGAGGAAUUGCAGAAAAUCAAUGAAAUCGGAAAACCUAGGGAGCAUGUACCUUAAAGCUCAGAUUCAAGACGGACUCGGUCACUGCAGUCGUGUUCCCGACUUAAAAUAGGCAAGCUCUUAAAUCGUUAAUGUGGAAAAGUUUUUGAUUCCUGAUUUGUAUGCGCAUAAGGCAUCCUUUCCCAGUAGCAUGACCGUAAUACCAGCGAAGGAGCUAAAGAACUCUUUCCCCAAAUCUUGUCCAUAUUUAACGAAAUGCUGCACAGUAAAUUUGUGCUUUAAAAGGAAACCUCUGCAAUCAAAUGUGCAGGCUGUUGAUUGGUUGGGGAAUAUGCACUGUGGGACAGAUACUACAAUAGCAAAGGAAAUAAAUGAUCAGGUGCAGUGAUAUAGGACUGGGGGUUGGUUUAACAAGGCAGUCCAACUUUUCAUACUAAGCGGGCCACUUUGACAUGGAACCCAUGAGCUACACAUUGCAGCGGUGCAGGUAACGAGGCCCAAAAUUGACAUCCCCUCCCCGGCCCUCAUGCUACCUUCCCAAAGCUGUCUAAGUGAGGCUCUGGGGCAGGCAUCCCCAAACUCGGCCCUCCAUCUGUUUUGGGACUACAGUUUCCAUCAUCCCUGACCACUGGUCCUGUUAGCUAGGGAUGAUGGGAGUUGUAGUCCCAAAACAGCUGGAGCGUCGAGUUUGGGGAUGCCUGCUCUGGGGCUUUUGGAAGGAGGUGUGAGGCUGUGAGGAGGUCCUAGAGCCCUCCCAUCUCCUUCCCAAUGCUGUGAAAGUGCUACCUAGACUUUGGGAAGAAGCUGGGAGGACUCUAGGGCCCUCUUGGAGCUGCCUCGCUUACCUUUGGGAAAUCAGCAUGAGGGUUGCAGGGUGUGGGUGGGUGUCAAAUACUGCUGAAGGCCACCAAAGAAGUCCUCGAGGGCCACACAUUGGACCCCUCUGGUUUAGAUAAUGCGCCUGGAUCCCAACUGAGCCUGUGGUAGUAGCAGAGGGAAUUCAAGAUCAUUUGGCUCUGGCCAAAUCUGUUAAGCAUCUUCUCUGCACAUGUAAAGAAGUUGGUGCAGAACAAAUGUGUUUCCAUAGAGACAGCUGGAGAUGCUUCCGGGAGAACGGUAGGUGUGGCUUUUCUCACCUCAUCUGGCUAGGUGCCACUCAUCCUAGGAAGGAGAACAAUAGGCCAGGAAUGAGUGUAGCUGAACCUGGAAACAAAAAAAAGGAGACAUGGAAGCUUGACUUUCUCAGGGUUCAGAGGCCUCCCUGGAAACCAAAGGGAGCCAAGAUCUGUUGGAGUGUUGAUGCUCUAAGUCCUUCCAUCCUAUGCCCAGGUUGUAUAUAUGUGUGAAUAAAACCAUAUAUUCUAAUGAUAAGACACUUCUGGUGAUUAUUAUUUUUAAAGUGCACACACAGAUUCUGCCUUUGUUUACAAGCUUUUAUCAGUGUAUAUUUAUUCUCUUGAGGAAAGUACAUGCAUUAUUUUAUAGAUCCAAAUGAAUUCCAGUUGACAUUGGGUUCUGGCACUUACUGCUGGUUUCACAAAACUUGUUAAACGACAGAAAUCACACAGUUCUCUAAGAUAAGUUAUUUUAAGCUAUUGUCGGGGGGUGGGGGGAAUCGGGUACCUGAAGUUAUCUUUCGGAAAAAUGUGCUGAAGUUACCCAUUGAAUUACAAACCAGUCAUGUGGAAAAUCUAUUUAAAAUAAGAAGCUGUUUUCCGUAAUGCUUAUCCAUCGGAACACAUUGGGAUCUCUGUUUUGCUUUCAAGUUACCAAUAUAAUUUUACUAAUUGACUUUUGCUUGGUAUUUUAACCGGGGGCGGGGCGGUGAGGUGGGAUGGCCAGGAUCAUCCUGAAGACAUCAAUGUGGAGUAAACACUCAGUGCUUACAUUGUGACUUCAAUUACAAAGGAUAGAUGGAGCUGUGUGUGCUAGAGAUCAAUCUGUAACUGUGAACAAUCGAUUGCAGCAAGUUGCUACUUUUCUGUAUCACAUUUCAAGCUUCCCUGCUACAGUAUAUGGUGAAUCAUUCUCUAAACUUGGCACUUGCUGAGUCCAUUCUCAGAAAAAUGAAAAGCAUUUAGGAAAUAAUUAUGGUCGGCUUCAGGUGUUGUGUGGCUGCCAGAUUUUGUUGCUGAAUAUCCUAUUGGUACGCCCUGAAAUAAACUUUUAAAGUAUGAUGUUCCUUUAAAAUGUAACUAGAAAUGCUACACACAUCCCACUGCCCCCUGAGAGUCCAAGGAGGAAUGAGAGAUAAUGGUGUACUUUAGCAGAUGAGAUGUAAGUUGCCAACAGUGCCUUAUUUUCAUAUAUUAUCUCUUUGCCUUUUGGUGAUGGUUUAUAUAGCCAGCCAGACAUGCAUCUAUCAUUGUGGGCUCCACUUCACCUUAUGAAAAUUUUAGUGCCAUUUCAAAGGGAAAAGUGGGGGAAGCCAUUACUAAAUUCUGGGUGAACAGUGUACUUCUGAAAGGGAAAGGUUACAAGUUUUAAAAUGAAGAAAGUUUGUUUAGCAAUUUGGGAGUUUCCUUACUGGUAGGAUAUCUCUCAACAGAAAUCCUUUUUAAGUCUGUUUUUGAUCCAUUCUGAAUGUUUCGGUGUGUGUGUUUUCUUAAAGGUACGUGUUCUUUUUGGAGCCAUGCAAUGUAGAUCUGGUGAAACGGAAGAUCAAGUCCAUCGCUCUUUGCGUAUCAGCAUGUCCACGGAAGGAGUUGAAAACCCUGGCUGAGGUUCAGAAUUUUGCAGAGACUAAUGGUAAGGCAAAACAACAACAACAGUGCUAUUUCUAUUUCUGCUCAGUAUUAUAGAGGGCUAUAAUACUGUCUUAGUACAGUCGAACCUCUACUUACCACUGCCUCUUCUUACAGUUGUUGCAAGUCGCGACCGCAGCAAACCCAGAAGUAACCGGUGGGUUUGCCGCCAUUUGCGCAUGCGCAGGAGUGGGCAAUCACCACCCGUGCCUGCGCACAAUGGCGCCUCUCCCAGCGACCCAUUUCAACCUCCAGACGGACCUCCGGAACGGAUUAUGGUCGCAAAUAGAGGUUCCACUGUAUUUUAACUUUCCUGGUAUUUUAACUUUUGUGUGUUUUAAAGUACAGUUGUGAUUUUUUGUCAGUUUUAUUGCUUUAUCUUUUUGUAAACCACUCUAAGGUUGGUUGUUGUUUCUUACAAUCAAGCAGUGUAGAAAUUUUCGUGGAAUAAAUAAUAAUAAAAUAUUAAUCAGAGAGCAUUUUUUAAAAAAAAAGUAAACAGUGUGGUCCACUACCUAAGAAGAGGUUUUUCUGCUUCUCUAAGAUUGUUCCUGCUAUAAUGUGUGUGCAUGAUUACAGACUACUGUAAUGCACUGUAUGUGGGGCUACCCUUGUAUCUGGUUUGGAAGCUGUGGCUAGUGCAAAAUGCAGCUGCUAGAAUGCUUUGUGAGACAUUUGUGAGAAGUGCGCAUAUUACACUGGUGUUGAUAGAACUGCAAUGAUUGCCUAUUACAGGGGUGGCCAGCUACCAAGAGACUGCGAUCUACAGUACUUACAGAAUUAAAAACUAAAAACUGGCAGUGAUCUACCCCCGUUUUGGGGGGGGUUCAGGUCAAAGUUUUUGACCUUUUUUUAGGGAGGAAGAAAGCUCCGUUUUUAAGGCUGGGGAAACAAACAGCCUCACUGAGUGAACUCCAUCUUCCAUCCAGCAGAUUGUGCAACAAUGGAGGACAGGGCGAGGGGGCAGGGCAAGAUUCGAUUUUACCAACACUAAGGAAAGGGACCCAGCGAUCAACCGCGAUCUCCCAAAACCUCACGGGGAUCUACCAGGAGAUCACGAUUGACCUGUUGGACAUCCCUGGCCUAUUAGAUCCUCAGGCUACAUUCCUGUUCCUUCAGGGGGACGUAACCUAUCCCAAACAGGCUCUCUCCCUAGGUCCUGCAUCUUUUUAAUGUUAUGAACCAUCCUGAGAUCUACAGGAAUAGGGAGGUGUACAGAUGAUGAUGAUGAUGAUGAUAGUCUCUCCUGAUUUAGAAGAUGCCCAAGCUUCUGUGAGAAUAAGCAUGUUCUGCUAGCCCAAAACCAGUAUUUCUGACUCUAUGUGACAAAUGAACAAUAUUAAUAUUUGCUGGAAAAUGCUUCUUUAAUAAUGUGAUAUUCCCAUUUCUCUUCUUAUUUUAAAAAGCUUCCCCUUCCCUCAGAGUUCUGCUCUCCUCUGCCAGCCCUCUCAGGUUUUUAAAUUAGCAUUAGCACGUUAAUCCUAAACCAAGGCAUUGGAUUUUAUCAGAAAAGACACACUAAUCUCUCUUCACUUUGUGUGACCUUGCGGGGGCAACUGCUUGUGUUUGAAGUAAGCGUACCAGAAAGUAGAUGCAAGCACUGAGGGUUGGGACAAACCACUGGGUGCAUUGAACGUGUUGAUAAAGUAAUCAAGAAAAAAGGAAUUUCACUGAAAGAUUUCUUACGGACAUUAUUGUUAAGGGAGACUUAGUUAAGUUUUCAUAAUUAAAAUACUUCGGAAUCUGAUUUAUUUAACUGGAGACAUUUUGUCUGCCUUGUAGAAAUGAGAAAAUUUCUGGUUUAGGGUUUGUAAUUGAGUUUUUACAGACUUUCUGCUUAAUACAUAGGUACAAAAAAUAGUGGGCCAUUAUGCUUUGGUGCAACAUGAAGGAAGCCGGUACUUGAGUAGUCUCUUCUCUCUCCUCCCCUUGCAUACCCUGUUUUCUUCCCUCACUUCUGUUUAAGUAGCAAAUCAUGCUUGCAGUUACAUUCAAACUAGGAAAAUAUGGUUUGUGCAAACCAUUGUUUGCCCACAAUCCAGCACCACAAACCAGGAUUGAAACAAACCAUUUUUUCCAUUUCAGAGAAAAUAACAAAACAAGGGUUUGUGAAGAACUACAAAGGAAGUGCAGAAAUCACUGCACAUGAGGGAAGGAGGCCACAUGUGAACCCAAGACUUAAGAUUUUUUUGGGUAUUAACACCAAAACAUGGUUUAGCAUUGUUUCUGAAGCAAUUCAGUGCCUUGAAGUGUUGGGCUUUAGGUUUGCCGCAAAAUGAAACAGAGGUGAAAUAUCAUUAAAGAGCAUAUAAAUAUUGAGUUGUAGCUGCAAAACUGGAUGCCUUCAUCUUCCCCACCUUCAAUAAAACCUGUCUCUCCUGCCACCGUGGUGGCAUUUUGACUGAGUGCAUCAGCCUGACACUUAUACAAGUGACACAAACAUUUUAUGAUGAAUGCAUUUAAUAAGAAGUUGAGACGUUUCUCAUCUCCCACAGCUUAUAAUCAUAACCAAUCAUUCAACACUUAAUUUAUUAUGUUACCAACAGUAGUGAAGGAUUUUCUCUGCCCUGUGGUGUUGGAAUGUAAAAAUAUGUAGCCAUGUUGACUUCUAAAAAAUUGAUUUUGGCUCUUACUACAUAUAUAUAUAUAUAUAUAUAUAUACACACACACACACACACACACACACACACACACACAGUGGUACCUCGGGUUAAGUACGUAAUUCAUUCCGGAGGUCCGUUCUUAAUCUGAAACUGUUCUUAACCUGAAGCACCACUUUAGCUAAUGGGGCCUCCUGCUGCUGCUGUGCCGCCGGAGCACGAUUUCUGUUCUCAUACUGAAGCAAAGUUCUUAACCCGAGGUACUAUUUCUGGGUUAGCGGAGUCUGUAACCUGAAGCAUAUGUAACCUGAGGUACCACUCUCUCAGUGUGUGUGUGUGUGUGUGUGUGUGUGUGUACACACACACACAGUAGUCACGAAAUUAAAAGACGCCUGCUUCUUGGCAGAAAAGCAAUGACAAACCUAGACAGCCUCUUAAAAAGCAGAGACAGCACCUUGCCAACAAAGGUCCAUAUAGUUAAAGCCAUGGUUUUCCCAGUAGUGAUGUAUGGAAGUGAGAGCUGGACCAUAAAGAAAGCUGAUCGCCGAAGAAUCAAUGCUUUUGAAUUAUGGUGCUGGAGGAGACUCUUGAGAGUCCCAUGGACUGCAAGAAGACCAAACCUCUCCAUUCUGAAGGAAAUCAGCCCUGAGUGCUCACUAGAAGGACAGAUCCUGAAGCUGAGACUCCAAUACUUUGGCCACCUCAUGAGAAGAGAAGACUCCCUGGAAAAGACCCUGAUGUUGGGAAAGAUGGAGGGCACAAGGAGAAGGGGACGACAGAGGACGAGAUGGUUGGACAGUGUUCUCGAAGCUACCAGCAUGAGUUUGACCAAACUGUGGGAGGCAGUGGAAAACAGGAGUGCCUGGCAUGCUCUGGUCUAUGGGGUCACGAAGAGUCGGACACGACUAAACGACUAAACAAUCGGUCUUAAGUGACACGUCUACGUAUCCCAUGCUUCUGGUUUACUGAAAAUCCGAUGUCUAAGUAACUGAGUUGUAUUUGUCUCUAGAGAAAAUGAUUACAGAGCCUCCUGGUUUAAGAAGAGAGAGGCUUAAAUCUAUGCCAGAUUUAGUACAGCAUUAUCUAGACCUGAGUAUCCCAAGGUGAACAACAGUUGCAUUUUAAUUAAAUUUAACUUGUCAAAUUUAAUCAAAGCCAAUCAAAUUUAAUAUCAGAGCCAAGAAAUUGUCACCGAAGGCAAUUCUUAGCACCAAAUCAGUCCUAGGCAUGGGGUUAUUUUAAGCAAACCCUGCUAAUUUCUGCCAUAUUUUCUCAUAAGUACCGUAUUUUUCCAUGUAUAAGAUGACCUCUAUUUUUUUUUUAAUCCAAAACUAAGAAGUUACUCAAAAUUGUUGAGCUUUCUGCAGGGCACCAAUGCUGCCCGCUGAGUGAAGCAGAAGCUUUCACGGCAGCCGUGGGAAGAUCAAGGAAAUACCGUAUUGUUCCACGUAUAAGAUGACCCCCAAUUUUUGACUAACAAAAUUGAGCAAAAAGCAUUGUCUUAUACACUGAAAAAUACGGUAAGUGUGAAUGGGGUCGUUGCCUAGGAGAAGUAGUCAAAGGUGCUAUGGGGGAAAACGGCUUCUUGUAACCUUUGGAUUUUUGCCAGAUGGCAUGUAGCCCCAAGCUGUCAUUUGAACAGAAAUGCAAUUUUGAGAAGUUGUAAUGGAUACAUAAGAUGUUUUGGUUUGAUAUUUCACGGUUCAGUGGUACUGUGGGGGGGUCUUCUUCAGCGUCCUUCGUAAUAGCCUAGGACUGUCUGUAUCUGUCAGUGCUGUCAUGUACAUUUAUAGAGACAAUAUAAAAAGACUUUGUGGGGGAAAGAAACUUGAAACAAUGUGCUUGGCUGCUGAGAGUGGCGGUACCUUUUCUUAAUGGAUCGUGUUUACAUCAGCGACUGCCUAUCACAAAGUGAACGAAAAACACUUUUGAGCACAUUUUAGGUCCAUUAAAAUGUACAGAGGGAUUGUCAAGAAGUGGGAGAAGUUGGAUUGUUUCUUAUACUGAAACGCUCAACCUGCAGGUGCUUUUUGAUGACUUGAAGAUCACAAACCUUGCAAAGAUUUUCCAUAAACUUUCCUGUUAUUUUUGGUACUCUCCUCCCCCCACCCCGAUUCUCUGUGUCUCAGUAGCUAGGGUUUAGGGUCAAAAAAGGAUUUCUUUGCAGUAUUCUGGUACAACUUUUGUCUGCUGUAAUUAAAAAAAUAAAAAUUCUUCUCUGCAUUAACCUCUGUUGUGAAGCUAGUUUUUGAGUCAGGAGUUUGACAACUGUGGAGUAAUUUCAAAGGAAUCUGUGAUCUUGUAAAAAGAAGGAAAUGUCGGCAUGUGAUGACAAUUCCCUCAUUCCUUCUUGGUAAAGCUUUGUUGUGAAUAUGCUUCAGCAGAGUUGGAUCACUGUCAGAAGAGGAAUUUAAAUAACUAAAUAUUUUCCAAUAAUUCUUAAAAUAUGAAUACGAACAAUCUGUUCAUUUCAAUGAAGCUUCACCAUGGAAGAAUGAUGGAGAAGAGCUUCUGUCUGGUAAGUCAUGUGUAAAUUCAUGUGCGGUCAGUUGCUAGAACCAUGUUUCUGAGAACCAGGGGUUUUAUCAAGAUUCUUCCAGAAAAACAUCAGCAAUGGCAAAAAUUAAGUUGUCCACCAUAACCAAUCUUCGACCAAAAUGCACAGGUCAUGGAGAAUGGUGCGUUUGCUUUAGGUUGUCCUCUUUGUAGCCCCAGAAAGUCUGGUAGGUCCCGCAAAUGGAGACUGCACCCCAGUAAGUGCCUCGGAAUCCAGUGGCAUAGUGUGGGUUGCCAGUGCCUGGGACCACGUGGAUGGGGGGGUGAGAGGGAGGGAAACUGCAAGCAUGCACAUUCAACAGCCUAAUGGCGUCUGCAUCACCCAGGAGAUUGCAGACACAGAAAUAAGAAGAGUCACUCUGUUGUCUGGAGAGGUCACUUCCUGGAGACGCCAUUUUCAACGGAGCCCAGGAAGCAUACAGUUGUAUUGAGGCAGCACUGGGGGUUGAAAUUUUGCACCCCCAAACAAUUUUGUGCCCGGGGCAACUGCCCCUGUGGCCACCCCCACACUAUGCCACUGUCUGAAUCACCUGUAGUGUGCAGGGUUUCGGUGUAGUGGUUCCUGCACUGAUAAAUACUGUAUUUUUUGCUCUAUAAGACGCACUUUUCCCCUCCUAAAAAGCAAGGGGAAAUGUGUGUGCGUCUUAUGGAGCGAAUGCAGGCGGGAAGCUCUGCUCAGCGCUCCCUUUAACGAGCCGCGUGGAGCGUGUGUGCGGCUCUUGGGGGCUUUUCCCCGAGGAGGGAGAAGGGCUGCCCUUCUCCCUCCUCGGGGAAAAGCCCCCAAGAGCCACACACACAAUCUGCAAGCUCUUUAAAGGGAGCACGGCUCUUGGGGGAGCCUUAGCCGCGUGCAGCCUCUCCCGGGCAGUGGGAGCCUUCAUCCCCUGCCCGGGAGAGGCUGCGCGCGGCCAAGCAAGAAGCCAGGACAGCCAGCAGGAUCGCUGCGCAGCUGUCCUGGCUUCUGCGAUUCAGAUUUUUUUUUUCUUGUUUUCCUCUUCCAAAAAUUAGGUGUGUCUUAUGGUCUGGUGCGUCUUAUAGAGCGAAAAAUACGGUAGCUGCAGAACGGGUUUCCAAAAGGUCAUGGAGUUUGAAAUCCACUUCUCUUGAGCGGUUGCUGGAGAGUCCAAAGAGUUCAGUGGAAAUGCGAAAGUUUGAGAACUGCCAGGACAACAAGCUCUGAAUGUGCAAAUAGAUUGUGCCAUCUCCGUUUCUUCCCCACAGAGACCUUGCUGCUCAGGGAAGCCUUUUCAGCGGCUUUCUUGCAACCCAGAAACGCAGCUGCCUCCAGAUAGACACACUAGGCCUAGGGGCUCUGCAGCUGAUAAAAGGGAGCACACUUAAAAUGUACAGUGAUAAAAAAACCUGAUCUACUGUGAGCUCUGCGGCAUGAAUGUUUAAUGCCCUUCUGCCAUUCCUACUUAUAACUUGUCACCCCUUGAUACAAGUUUAAAGCUAUGGGAUUCGGUGGCUUGCUUCAGUUCACAGAGGGUGGCAUUAUUUAGGAGAACCAUGCUGAUUUAUCUCCGCUAGCUACGGGGCUCAAACUCAGCUAGCGGAAUGGAGAGUUCCAUAACCUUUUGAUCUAAUCCGUUGGGUUAAAUCCUGAUUCUCUUUAUUCGUAGAGGCGGGUGGGCAGCUAUUGCAGGUGUAAACUACUACACCAGUUCUUCUACUACACCAGUUCUUUCUUGGGGAGUACUAGGCUUUUUGGGGGGGAGGCUUUAUCUUUGAAAAAUUGGUAUUUUGUAGAUCUAGCUUCCGUGCCGCUAAAGCUGUUCAUGUUUAUAAUAUCAAUGGACGUGGUAGAUCAUUCCUCCUCAAGUCAUGUUUUCCAAAAAAAAUUUCCUCUCUUUUUUCUUUAAACAGGCUCCACUUUGUGUAGUUAUGAACUAAAGCCAUCUGAAUACACUACAGAUCCAAGGGCUGCCAAGCUUUGCCCCAAGCUCCCAGUUCCAGAGAGGUAAUGAAAUGACUGCUUUGUGUCUCAUUCUUGGGUCAAAACAUAACUUUUGUCGUUGUUAAUAUGAGAUAAAAUGACUCAGCAGCCUUAUUGCUAGCUCAGCAUGCAGCCGCAGGGUAUAUUUAUAGGUGUUCCCUUUAACACCCUUGUCUAAGGAAAAGGACCAGUUUCUUAUCUGAUACACUUUACAAGUUAAGACAGCAUUUAAAAAUACAUUGGAAAAUGUGUUAUAUUGAUACUGCUGCCACCACUCAGCCUGGAACUUGAAGGAGUUUAGCGCUUUUAGGAUGCUCUGCUAUAAACAGCUUAGGGGUGUGUUUGAUGCACGUGCAUGAGAAUGGUUCUUUGUCAAUUGCGACAGAACUGUUGUGUCUUCUCUUGUAUUUCACUGAGUGACAUUUGGUUUGUUGGCUGGUUUUUGUUGGACCCCUAACAUCCUGCUCCUGAGUUUCUCAGUCUAGAAUGUGGAAAACUAGAGUCAUAGCUAUGCAGGGAUCCCCUUUGUACCCACGGUUUAACAUCUAAUCUGGAAACAACCUUUGACACUGCUCGUAGUUUAUUGAGCUUGUCUGAUCAGCAUAUAGCCUCAUAACUGAAGGAAACUGAAGGCCACUUAAUGAAAAAUUUAAACUGGUUAUUCGGUCUGAACAUUCAAACAGUUAAUUUUUGACCGAUUCUAAUCCCCAAAUCUCUAAAAUGGUUGGAUUUCUUGAAUUUACGAGCACUUAUCUUGCAUUCAAGCCUUUGCCCCUCAUCAGCACAGAAAGUAAAGAAAGCUUUUAGGGAAUGAGAUCUGCAAAACUCAAUUUUAAUUUUAAAUUCAGAAACUUUAAUUUCAUUUUCUUUUCCCGUAUUCCUAAGUGUAAAGUGUCCAGGAAAACCCCACCUUAUGGCAGCCCUAACCAGUUCUGUAGUUUGUGUUACGGUUUAUUUGAUCCAAUAAUUUGGAUUAAAGGAAACCUAUUAUUAGUAAAAGUGACAACAGUAGGUUGUAUUCUAUUUUCCCUGAAAUAACUGCAAAACAGUGUAAUAAGGGGCCAGAUAGGAAGCUUUUGAAAAGUGAAAUGGGCACGGGGGAGAAUUCCACCCCACCCCCCGGACUUCUUUCUGUUUUUCAGGCUCAUUUUUGAUGCUAAUGUUCUGUGGCGCUUCUGCCUUCCCAAAAAACCUUGUAUGCCAUGGUAAAAAUGAAGGUCUGAAUACGUAUGUAUGCAUCCAUGCGUUGGAAAGUGUGUGUGUGUGUGUGUGUGUGUGUGUGUGUUAAUGUAGAAUCCCUCCCGCCCAUACAGAGCUCAGAACAUUAUUAAACGAAGGAUUAUACUUGAGAGAAGUUGCAAUUCCAUUAAGACAUGUAAUAUCCCUGGAUAUAAUCAACAGCCAUUAAUAAAAGAACAGAGGGUCACUUUGAAUAAAUUUAUUAUUCUGUUCGUUAUUAAAAAAGGGGGCAGCACAUCUCACACCUACCAGAGUUAGAACUCCUGAAAUAGAAAUUAGUCUCAUGCGCUGGAUUCUCAAGAGUCCCAUUUAUUCCAAGACAUCAUGUAGUAACCACUGACCUCAUUUUUUAUUCAUUAUAGCAAAGUUAGAUUUUGUCUCCUACACAUAAAACCAGGUAGUAGAUAAUCCCUGGCUUCAGCAAAAGGGAGUUCAGUGUAGUAAUGGCUAGCUAUGGUAAAUUUGGGGUUGCAGAGGACAAGGCCAUCUCUGAGCAAGAGUAGUCCCAGAUCAAGAGAUUUUGCCGCCUGAGGCAAAGGACAAGAUGGCACCUACCCCUAUGCCAUUUACAGUAGCCAGCCAGAUUGGCAGGUGAAUCUUAUUUUAACGAUGGGGCCAGAAUACUGUCUUCCGCCACACCUGAGGACAGCAGGCUAGCUUAUACAGUGGUACCUCGGGUUAAGUACUUAAUAUGUUCCGGAGGUCCGUUCUUAACCUGAAACUGUUCUUAACCUGAAGCACCACUUUAGCUUAAUGGGGCCUCCUGCUGAUGCCGCGCCGCCGGAGCACGAUUUCUGUUCUCAUCCUUAAGCAAAGUUCUUAACCUGAGGUACUAUUUCCGGGUUAGCAGAGUCUGUAACCUGAAGCGUAUGUAACCCGAGGUACCACUGUAUAGGGCAUGGAGCAGGCUGUGUAACACAUGCAUCUGUGUCCACUCCCUGCUGCUCAGUAUCUGCCGCCUGAGGCAACUGCUUCAUUUUGCCUUAUGCUGGGUCAGGCCUCCCCUGCCAGCAAAGGGUUAUGGCUAGUACCUGAACAACCAUGAAACUGGUUUCAGUGAAGCCAAGGUGGCUUUACACUUGCUCUUCCUCAAACAACAGUCAAGCCGCCCAGUGCUGCAUAGCAGACUGCUUUCAAAAUGGAUGGAAGUUUCAGGAGGAGGAGCUCACCUAUGCUAUGCUGGUUCGAAAACAGUUAUUGCCUCGUAAAAUUGCACCAACAUGCAAAUCACGUACAAACUAUUCCACUUCAUGGGCCUUGGCUAAUGGCAAAUCUUUGACAUUUGUGUAAUUCUCUGAUAAUAGAAGUUGCUAUUCCUGAAUCUGCUGUUCACAUUGUAAAGAUAGAAAAACAAAACCACGUUUAAGAGCAUUUGUUCACACUGCCCACUACAUGAGUGAAGUUUUAUAAGUUUUAUCUUUAAUACCUUGCUUGCCACAAAAAUCCCUUUAUAGGGGGGAAAUUGUGAAAACUUUGCUCUCAGCAGUGAGUAUUUUCAUAUAUUUUGGGUGGAGAAGAAUCCAAAAAUUUGGUACCUAAUGUUUCGACUCAUGUGCCUUUCUCUCAGUCAAGUUGUGAAUUCAUAAGUAAUGAAAAUGUUUAUUCAUGUUUAUUUUUAUGUUAUUCAUUUAUUAUUUUAAUAACAAGUGCUGUUAUUGCUGUAAUUAUGUGUAUGUUUUAAAAUUUUAUAUAUGUAUAUAUUUUUAAUUCUAUUAAUGCUCACUUGUUUUUAAUGAUUUCCCCCCUAUAUUUUGGCAAUUCUUGUUUUUAUCUGUAAGCUGUAUUGACUCAUGUCAGGGAAAAAGGCAGAAUAUAAAUAUAUAUAGUAAUAAUAUUUAUAGUAAUAUGUAGUAAUAAUAGAUAUAACAUUAUUAUUAUUAUUAUUAUUAUUAUUAUUAUUAUUAUUAUUAUUAUUAAAUAACACCUAAAGUAUCCUAAGUGCUGCACAAAAAUAAAAAAAACAAGAUAAUGUCAGCCCAUAACGUUACAAUAUAGCAGACAGAACACAUUUGCUUUCCUGUUUUUUGUUUUUGUUUUGGCUUCCUACUUGUUCUGCUUUACAUUGUUAGUCGCAUUGAACGUUUUGUUGUAGGGUGUCCUGCAAAUAUUGUAAAAUGAAACAAGCACAUUUUAAUAAAGGAGAAGCGGACAAAGAGGUAAAUCUAGACCCCACUUCUUAAGGUUCCCAAAUCAUUCUUGCGAUAGCCAGCUCAAACAGAAGCACUCUCACCUCUCUCCCUCUCUCUCUCAAAUGUAGCCUGGUGGAAUGGCCCCCGCCCAAAGAUGACAGUUCAGAGAGGAGAAGAGCCAAAUGCAGCUAGUUUCAUAGCCAAGCAAGUAGAACAAGGCCUACUAUCUGGUCGCUUCCUCAGGUGCAUCCAGGUGAAGCAGUUGCUAAUAGACAGGACCUAAUGCCACAAUAUAUUUGAGUGUUUUUCUCCAGUGUUGUAUGAGAGCUAGGUAAGAUUUCUUCCAUAGAAACUGGGAUCCUCCUGCCUCAAGUGUAUAUUUUCUAUAUACAGUCAAACCUCAGAACUCGAAUGGCUCCGUUGCCGAACGUUGCAGUUCCUGAAGGCCAAAAGCUCGGAAGUAAGUGUUCCGGUUUUCAAACUUUAUUUGGAACGUCCAACGCGGCUUCCGCUUGAGUGCAGGAAGCUCUUGCAACCAAUCGGAAGCUAUGCCCAGGAACUCGAACAUUUUGGAAAUAGAACCGUCUUCCGGAACGGAUUACUUUCGGGUUCCGAGGUUUGACUGUACAGCUAAAGUUUUAGAAAGUAUGGUGUCUCGUAAGAAAGUAUUCCGAAUUAAGGGAAAUGACUCUUACAUAAUGGUAAUACUUACAGUUAGAAUUGCUUUUUGCAAAACAAACAGCUUCAGGGAUUUUAUAUCUUCCCCCUCAUCAUGCACACGACAACAUCAGGAACUCCAUGCAUCCUGGAACAGCUCCCUUCAGGCUGAGGUGAUCGCGCUUUUGCUGGGGAGAGUGUUGGUGGUGGUGGACAUGAUGUAGAAAGGGUGAGGUUCUCACUGGCCCCUUCAGGCAUUUGGAAAUGAACUCCUAAAUAGGGCUUCAGUAGAGGAGCAUGGGACACGGGUGGCGCUGUGGGUUAAACCACAGAGCCUAGGACUUGCCAAUCAGAAGGUUGGCGGUUCGAAUCCCCGCGACAGGGUGAGCUCCUAUUGCUCGGUCCCUGUUCCUGCCAACCUAACAGUUCGAAAGCACGUCAAAGUGCAAGUAGAUAAAUAGGGCGGGAAGGUAAACGGCGUUUCCGUGCGCUGCUCUGGUUCGCCAGAAGCGGCUUAGUCAUGCUGGCCACAUGACCCGGAAGCUGUACGCCGGCUCCCUCGGCCAAUAAAGCGAGAUGAGCGCCGCAACCCCGGAGUCGGGCAUGACUGGACCUAAUGGUCAGGGGUCCCUUUACCUUUUAGAGGAGCAUGAAGGUGUGCUGUUGACUCUGUGGCCUCGCUAGCCUUUGCAAUCUGAAGUUGUACAAGCCAAUGAAGUUUUAGCACUCCAUCUGCACAAACUACGCUUUAGUCAUUGCAGCUCGCUUGAGAGCUUACACUUUAGAACUGCUUGUCAGCUCUGUGGAAAUGGAGGCUCUAAAAAUUCUCUAGAUGUGGCAGGUUGCAAUUUCCUCUCAGUUUGGGGAUAAUAAUUAGACAAUGAGUGUUAAGUAUGUUUGCGAGUGAUUAAGUAAUAAAUCGUGAAAGGGGUUUGUUGAAGGCAGCAUAUUCUACUCUGCCUGCAUGAAGCGAAGGUUGAGCAUUUUUUGAAAGACUUCCCAUGGAGGACCCAAAAGGCACUGCAUACUCAGCUUGCCAUAACUUGCUUGAACCUGGCAAGUAAGACAGCAGGAACUGAUUCAGAGACAGAAGAGCCUAGAGGUUAAAUAACGCUCCCUUUGCAUAUGAAAGAGUGAUUCUGUUCAUUGAUUCCAAUUAGAAAGACGAGUGUCUUGCAAAUAGAAAUGCGAAAGCUUCUCUCUUUACAAAGGGAAAUAAAAAUAGGUUUGACAGUCUGGUAUAUAUUUUGGUGGCAGCAAUGCUGCUGUCUGUGUAGGAAGAAUGGGGGUUGAUGGGAACAUUAACACGCCAGGAAGUUGUGCUUUUCUCCGUAGGCCCUAAUUCCAUGCAAAAUAUUGAUGACUGAAAUGUGGGAUUUUCCUAACAUUCUUUACGGUAGAGAUUUGGAUAUUAUUGCAAAAGCAAUAAGUUGAUACUUUGACACCACUGCCGAAGCACGACUUCAGCAAUGCUUUUGCAGGACAUGGAAUAAUAUUAUAAACUGGGAGCAAAAUUUGUAUUUAGCUGUGGUAUGUCAAAGUAGGAGACUUCAGCACUGAAAUAAAACAUUUAGGGAAGGUCUGCUAUGUUUGGCAUUCCAACACAGUUCUUUCUUAAUGCUAUUUUGCUACAAUUGUUGGACACCUUUUUGUUCUAACAUCAGUGGAAAUCUUAAAACCAGGAUCUAAAUCAGGAGGAGGCCAGUUCACUGUCCCUCAGACCUUGUGGGGGGGCCGGACUAUAUUUUGAAGAGAGAAAAAAAUGUACGAAUUCCUAUGCCCCACAAAUAACCCAGAGAUUCAUUUUAAAUAAAAGCUCACAUUCUACUCAUGUAAAAACACCAGGCACGCCCCACAAAUAACCCAGAGAUGCAUUUUAAAUACUAGGGCACAUUCUACUCAUGUAAAAACAUGCUGAUUCCCAGACUGUCCGCAGGCCAGAUUUAGAAGGCGAUUGGUCCGGAUCCGGCCCCCGGGCCCUAGUUUGCCUACCCAUGAUCUAAAUCAAUCAGUGACCAGCAGGUCUCAUGUGACCGACACAGGCCUCCCAUGCAGCUGGCCCAAGCAUCCUGUAAAGAGUGUUGCCAGUUGCCUAAGCUGAGCUGAGUACAAUUGCAAGGGGGGAAGGAAGAGCACAGGACAUCAACAUAUAUAAAUCACAAGAAGGUGCACGUGUACAUCAUGCUCCUCUCAGCCUGCCAGACAGCUGUCUGACAGGCUGGGAGGAACACGUUCUGUUCUGUUCUGUUCUGUUCUGUGCUGGUGUGGAGGGAAAUCUGCCCUUCUCUGCCCCGGGAGGCUAUUGCCAUUGGGGCCCCUGCUUUUGAAGACAUUUCCCCUCUUGCUUGGCUAUAGCGGAGUUGAAACAGUCAUUAACUGGGCUCCUUGAUACGGAUAAAGCAAAACAAAUUGUUGUGUUUGAGACUUUGGGCGUGGUAGCUGCAGAAUUAGGCUUGGAAUUCUAGGUAUAUUGCACUGGUGUGUGGAGGGUGUUUGUGAAAGAGUGGAGGGAAUAAUGUUUGUAUGAGAUAUGUGGAGUGUAUGUGGGCGUGCAUGCCCAGAGCACACCACUGGCAUGCACCGCCUGUGUGCCCAUAUAGCCCUUAGGGGCUAAAAGGUUGCCUACUUUGAUCUAAGGAGUUUUACAUAGAGAUCUACAUUAGGGUUACCAGACGUCUCCGGUUCCUGGGGACAGUCCCCGGAUUUGCAAAUCUUUCGCCCACCAUUUUUCCUGUGCCACGGCAGUGAGUAGCAAGUAGCGAGCAGCUCCUGAAGCCAGCCAGAGCCAACUGCACUACUAGACUGGCCCCUCCUGGGCAACAGCCACCCACCCAUGACUCCCGAGCCUCCCCUGAUCUGUCAAAACAAAGGGGGAAGGGGGAAGGAGAUCAGGGAAGGCUCAGGAGUCACAGGCAGGCGGUGUGCCGUUGCCCAGUUUUUUAAAAAACUCUGCGCAUUUAUGUUUCACAGGGUGCGAAAGAAGGGCUUUGCACCUUUAUACAAUAUGCAUGUGUGCUUGGGCGCAGGGUCUUUUGCCUCACCAUCCCCACUACUGACUCCCUGUUGCUACUUAGCUGCAAAAAAAAAAAGUGUCCCCGGAUUCAUUGAAAAAGAUCUGGUAACCAUAAUCUACAUGUGCACCGAGAACUUCCAGGACUCCCUUCCCAACCCCCACGGCCCUAUCUCUAUUUUUCCCUUCCCCAACCUGCCACUGAAUAUCGACAGAGCUUUCGGAGCAGUAUUCAGUAUUGUAUGUGGCGCUGUAGGUGGAGAAUACAUUAGCUGCUGCCCGCAGGGGAAUUGUCAUGGUCCCUGGUAUGUAUACGUGUAAAACACCCUGAACUGCCUUUAUGUCAUGCUGCAGUCUCUGUAGAGUCUAAGGUGAGCAGCCUUACUUCUGGGAGUUACAGAAAAUCGUCUGCCCGAGGCUCACCGCAAUCUGAAUAUUUUCUGGAAAUGUCUGAAAACCUCUGCGUUACACAUAAUUAAUUAUAUCUAGACAUAUUGGACUAGCGGUGUAUUUUUUUAAAAAAAAUAAAAUAAAUUGUAUUUGGGGCUGAUGGGUUUUGCUCUGUGUUCUGAGUUGAUGGGACGGGAAACAUCAGAAUGUGCACUCCACCCUCUUCUUGGGAUAUCUUGGUUUUUAAAAACAGCAUCACGACCCAUUACAGUCAUCUCCAUUUACAGCAGCACCUUUCCGUUAACCUUGCAGCUCUUGGUUAGAUGUUUACGAGGGUGGAGUGUACGGCAUCAGUUCACCUUCCAUUUGUGUGUUGAUGUGGCAUUUAUAUUACCUAGGAGUAAUUUUUUUUUCUGAUUAUUUUUUUCCUUGUAUCACCAGUGCACCUAUUCCAUUCUUCCAUCGCUGUGCUCCUGUGAACAUUUCCUGCUAUGCCAAGUUUGCAGAGGCCCUGAUCACCUUUGUCAGUGACAGUAGUGUCUUGCACAGGCUGAUUAGUGGAGUAAUGACCUGCAGAGAGAUUAUAUUGGGACUUUGCUUGUUAUCACUAGGUAAUUGUUUUUCUCGUUCUUAGCUAUUUCUACAGUACUGCAACAGGAGAAUGUGAACAUCUUCUGUCCCCACAAUGUGGAAAUAAAGCAUGUUCAGUAUUCGCUAUUAUAGCAGACGAUUCCAAAUUAUAUUUCCUACCCAGCAGCUGAAUUAAAUGUUUUUUUUUAACAUGUAUGUGCAUUUGACUCUCCUUAUAUGUAACUAAUGUGGGGAUUUUGACUCAGCUCUGUGUCACUGUCAUUGAACCCUCUGCUUUCCUUUAAAACAACCUCCCAAGUGUACAGUAUUCAUAAGCCUUGGGCUUAAGCUUUGGGUUCAGAUUGCUAAGUGAAUGUUGAUACUUAACCCUUAAUAUCUUCAGGAACUUGGGUUAAAAGUAGGGCUGAUAUUUUUAUUUUUUUAUUUAGUUGAUCAGUCUCCCAGUUCAGUGGGAGAUCGCCUGAGAACCACAUGUAAGGUGCUCCCUCAGAGAUCUUGCAAAGCAAAACAAGAAGUCAAUGAAAAUAUCAUUUAAGUAAAUGUGAACAUUAUCGUAGCUUUAGUAUAGCUGCCCUUUUUGAUCAUGAUUGCAUGAAUUGUGGAGCUUGCACUUUAAUAAACAAAGGCUAUCUAUCAUUAUUGGAAGAAAAGGCCCAUAUUUCAUAACUCUCCUAGUCUCUGUUUCUGAAACAUACUGUAUUUUUUGCUCUAUAAGACUCACUUUUCCCCCUCCUAAAAAGUGAGGGGAAAUGUGUGUGUGUCUUAUGGAGCGAGUGCAGGCUGCGCAGCUAUCCCAGAAGCCAGAACAGCAAGAGGGAUUGCUGCUUUCACUGCGCAGCGAUCCCUCUCGCUGUUCUGGCAUCUGAGAUUCAGAAUAUUUUUUUUCUUGUUUUCCUCCUCCAAAAACUAGGUGCGUCUUGUGGUCUGGUGCAUCUUAUAGAGCGAAAAAUACAGACCUAACUAACCCUAAAAAAGAGUUGCAUGUACCUUACGUUCUAGUCCCAUGAAUUAAAAUUGUAUCUGAUUCUUUCAAAUGAGAGCAGAGCAGACACACACACACACGCCCCCCCUUCAAAAAAUAACCUUUUCAGUGACAGUUGAGAGGACACUUUGAACUGUCCAAAUGAAGUCAUAUAAAUGCAGCAAAAGGAGAGCACAGCCCCAGAUGCACAUCAGAAUGUGUCCUGGGAUGUUCAUCCAAGUGUAGACGUUCUCUGCCUGCUCUCAAUGAGAUGCAGCAUACUUGAAUGGCCAUUCUGAAGCACAUUCUGGCAUGGGUACAGCUGGGUUGGCUUUAGAAUGAGGGCAGCACAGUUUUGCUUUCCUUGGCAUCGCCCUGUAGUCAAAUCUGAUUGGCUCUAGGAUGUUAUCAUUUUACAUGAUCCUCAGUUGGCUGAGAUUAUGUAGCAAAGGAGAAAGAAUUUUUUUUUAAUUAAAAAAAUGGCACAGAAACAGCAAUAGAGGAGAAAUGACUGCAAUAAAGAGCAGGUUUAGGCAGAAUGCUUCUCCCUCCCCUAUAAAACUUCACUUUAACUUUAAAUGUUCAAGGGUGAACAUUCAGUGCAGUUUUAAUUAAAAUUGGCUUUCAGUGAUUGAUCAACUACUUACUUGAAUAAUCGAUUAAAUAGAUUAGAGAUUGCAGCCGUAGCUAAAGCCUCUUCUUAAUUUUGUGCAGAGUUGGAAUAAAAACAAUAUUUGCAUUAUUAUGUGACAUUGGAGUUUUGGUAUGAAUUAACCCAGACAGAAGCCAGCAACAACAAUUCCAGUGUUAAUCCUUUGCCAAAACAUAUUGCAUGGUAUCCAAUGGUGCCCAUUUGUCUGCAGAUGAGACUUCUGCUUGUGCAAUAGGACCUCUCAUUCCACCUGCAGCCCCCUCAAAUCUGCUUCAGAAAGUUGAGAGACCCUCUGAAGCAGAUUGGGGCACAUGGAGGACUUGCCAGAGGGGUAAAAGAAGAAGAAAUCCUGUCACACAAGUAGAAUUUCACCUACAGCUCCUAAUUAUUAAUACUAAAGUAAAGUUUCUGUUUAAACAUAUACUAAUCUGAUGACUGAAUAGAAUAGAAAAAGCCGAUGGAAGACUCCAUUGAUUAAAAAUGGAAACCAAACUGGCCCAGCUGUUAUAUACCCCCACGGGGAGGGGGGGAAGGAUUACAUCAGUUAUUGAUUAUUGAUUAUAUCAAGGCCUGUUACAAUAGGAUUAAUAGACAAUUAAAAUAACCGCGAAGCCCAAGCACGUUAAACUCAUCACUUUGGGAGGAAUAGUGGAAAUGUAGACCUCUGAAACUUGGUAACUAAGUUAAAUUGAUUGUUGCCAAGUUACGGUCAGUGUAGCUGAUUUUUACUUAAAAGCCUUCACAUUUCAUGCAGCAGUGAAUAUUCCAAAUGUCGGUGAAUGCUGGCAUGCAUGUGUGAAUGUUGACAAUCCCGGUUGAAGUUACUAAAUGUCUGAAAACAGAUAGACAUUUCCCCAUUUUAUCAGUAUUCACUGGCGUAUGUUCUGAGUCACAUUUAAGUGAUUGUCAGCAUUCACCUGUUCUUCUGUGUUUUUGGAUACUUGCUAAUUUUAGGCUUUUGCUAUAGUAUACCUCUACAUUUGCACACACAUAAACAAACUUGGUUUGUUUGAUGUGAAUGACCAACUAGGUUCCUUUCAGGAACAGUGGCCACCUCCCAAAUUAUACCUGCAACCUGGAAGCCAUUGAAGCUCUUCAUGCUUUUCCAAGGCAGUGUAGUUUGUAGGAGAAACUCGCCCAUGAUGGCCUUAUGAUACUAAGUGCCAAGAGACGAGACCUUCAUCUUCCAAAUCAACAAAGAGCUAGACAAGUAGAAGAUUGACAGUGAAAAGAUCUUAUUUAAUGACCUCUCCUGAAGAACGCAGCUCAAGCAUAAAGUAGCAUGUGGUUCUUAUCACAAUCUUGACAUCUUAAUUCAUACUUGUCAUAAUAAUUGUGCUUUUUGAGCAUGUGUGUGUCUGCAUGCAACUUUUUGGGUUGUGCUCAACAUGAGUUGUGCGGUAUUUUUGCAACUCAUGAUAAUAAAGUUGCAGUUCUAUCAUGUCAACAUUAGUUCUGUCAUUGUAUGUGUCUGCAUCUCACUGUUAAAUACAUAUGUCCCAUGAUGUGUAAAUGUUCAUAUAGGGUUGGUUUGUUUAACUGGCAAAUCAGACACUGAGUAGGAUAGCUAGUUUAUCUUGUACAUUUUUGUACAAACAGUUAAAAAGUGAAUUCAACUGUAUUUGUAUUAAUAAAGUCUCUUUUUGUUUUUGUUUUUGCUGUUUCCAUUUUAAAUAAUUACCCUUCUUAUUUUCUUUUGUUUUCUGCAGUGCUUUCCAUGAUUAUGAUGGUGAUAAUAAGAUACAUUUCAAGAGUACUUGUUUGGAUUUUAACAAUUCUUGUUGUUCUGGGAUCACUUGGUAAGUUGCUGAAGCUGGUCGAUGAUGAUGAUGAUGGUGAUGGUGAUGAUGUUGAUGAUGAUGACUGGGUUACCCUAGCCACUCUGGGCGGCUUCCAACAAAUUAAAACACAGUAAGACAUCAGGCAUUAAAAACUUCCCUAUACGGGGCUGCCUUCAGAUAUUUUCUGAAAGACAGAUAGUUGUUUAUUUCCUUGGCAUCUGAUGGAAGGGUGUUCCACAGGGCGGGCGCCACUACCAAGAAGGCCCUGUCUCUGGUUCCCUGUAACCUCACUUCUUGCAGUGAAGGAACCAACUGAGCCUCAAGCAACAGCAAAGGAUCCAGGAGGACUGCCAAGCUACAUACCCACUCCUUCAGAGAGAGUGUAACUCCAUCAAGAGCAGGCAACCUCCCAUCCAUCCAUCCGGUCUAGGGAACCACCCACUAACAGCUCCUCAGUCUUAUCUGGAUUGAGCUCCAGUUUGUUGGCUCUCUUCCAAUCCAUUACCAAGGCACAUCCACUGCCUCUCCUGCAGACAUAACGGAGAAGUAAAGCUGUAUGUCAUCAUCAUAUUGCUGACAAUGUCCUCCAAAACUCUGGAUGGCCCCACUCAGCGGUUUCACCUAGAUGUUAAAUAACACAGGGGAUCAAACUGAGUCCUGAGGAACUCCACAUUGAAGGCUCCAUGGGGUUGAAAAGCACUCCGCAAGCAACACCCUCUGGUUGUUGAGCUCCCAAGUAGGACUGGAAGCAUCGCAAAGCGAUGACACCUACCCCCAACUCAUACAGCUUCUCCAGGCAGAUACUAUGGUUGAUGGUAUUGAAAGCCGCUAAGAGUUCGAGGAGAAUUAACUAUGACAUAUUUCCCCUGUCUCUCUCCCAACAAAUGCAGGGUGACCAAAGCAGUUUCUGUGCCAAAACUGGGCCUAAAUCCCAAUUGAAAUGGAUCUAGAAAAUCCCAUGUGUUUGUGUGUGUGGUUUUUUUAACUAGUGUGGUCCUAUGCCGGACACCCUCUAUGCAAAUGGUCCCUUAGCUAUGGGUAACUAUCUGCCAGAAUCCAGAUCACAUGUAAGCCUCGUUCCCAACGUUGUCAUGGGCCUCAUCCAGCCCCUGCCCUUCCCAUGUUGCACAGGAAAUCACUGCAUGGAGCUUCUACUUGUGUACAUUUGAAUACGAGUAGAACCCCUUGGAGUGAUCAGAAACCCAGAUAAAGCAGGGUCCCUGAUCACCUGGAAGACUUUACUUGUAUUCAAGCCUGUGCAACGCUGGGAAGGUCAGGGAUGGAGCCUGGGGGGGGGGGGGUUGCACACAAUGGCAUUGUUGAAGUGGGGCUUGUGUAUGUCCCCUGCUUCUGUCCACGCAUUGGCAUUUGUCUGCUCAGGCAAAUGUUGAAGCAUGACUUGAGAAUGGAGCGCAUACGUCCUCCUGGGUUGUUCUAUGAGCAUUGCAAAGAUGGGAGUUCAUUUUCCUGCCUUUAAAGAGAGACACUGGAAAAGAUCAGUAGGGAAGUGAUGCUUCCCUUUGUCCUCCUUGCUUCCUUUAAAACCAUUCACCUUCUACUUCAGAAACAAUUGAUUUGCAGCCAUGGUUGCACUAUUAAAGCUGUGCCCAUGGGAGCAAUAUCCAUUUGGUUUAAGGAUUUAUGGGACUGAAUGAGGAUGCGGCCAAUUAUUAGGAAGAAAAAUAAAGGGACAAAGCAUGGGCAAUAUUUACAUUCCACAAUCACCUCCCAUUGAUGAUUUCAGGGAAUAAGACUUUGCUGAAUAGGAAAGUGCAAAAGAAGCAGGCAAGGGAAAUAUAGCGAUACAAGAGAAAAAGCAAUAAAAUUACAAGAGUGUUCUUUGGCUGUCUUUGCCCUAAUUGUAUUGCUGCACUGCAUCAAUAUUGGCAUGAGGCAUUUGUGAAAAGCCACCCACAAACAGCAGGUUUCUUCAAGCCAGCAGUUGGAGGAGGAAGCAGAUAAUCCUUCCCACCUCAGGAUCCUUGGGCAAGAUGAUUUGGAGAUCGGAGAAGAGGGCAUUUAUUUAUAGAAUUCUGAGUUUCAGUUUCCGGCAAACAGAGUGUGCUCAAAGCAGGAUACAAAGGAGCAGGGAAAACAAUAGUUGAAAGAGUAUUAAGCAGUUAAGAUGGUUGUCUCCUGUCAAGUUAUCACUUCAGCAAAAACAGCAUCCACCCAAGGGAACUGAGAAGUUCAGCCGGGGUAAAAACUGUAUUUGGGGGGGAAAGGGCAAAUGGAUGCUCCGGUUGAUCCCAGCUUUUUUAAAAAAAGCGCUCUUAGUUCUCACCAGUGAUGAAGGUGGAAUGCAAAGCAAGGCCUCAAGAAAUAGGGAGAGAUCCAUGAGCAGGCUUCAGGGAGAGGUGCCAGUUGCGAUUCUGGUUCGUGCCGAUCAUCCUAUCCUAGCCUAUUGAGUGUCUUAGUUAAUAAUUCCUGUGUAUAACCUUUUUCUUGCCUGGAACUCCUCAGCUUCUAAUUACAGAACAGCAUCAUAGCUGUGGUAAGAUGUCUUGUAAAAAGCAAGCCCUCUUUGAUCAGUUGUCUUUUGCGAUAUCAGAAUGCCACACCGUCCUGACAUUUAUGUUGCAGCAGAUCAGUUAAGUCUGAGUCUAGCCUGGUAAAGGAUGAAACUGGCCAAGCUAAUUAUGCUCCUUAUACGUUAUUACACAUAUGCUGUGAAACUGAAAUGAUCAAUAUCUUCUUCUUUGUGAGCACAGGUGGUACAGGAGUAUUGUGGUGGUUGUACGCCAAGCAGCGGAAGUCUCCUAGCGAUACUCUUACAGUUGAUCAGCUUCAAAUAGCCAAAGACAAUCGUCAGGCCCUUCUGAUCUAUGCCAUUGCAGCUACGGUCUUCACGGUACGUAUUUAAUAGCUGUGAAGUCAGGGCUCCGUGACACACGCUGCAUAUCUGUGUAGGCCAGAGCAGGAAGCAAAGUAUUCAGCUUCACGGCUGCAAAUGACAGCUUUCUCGUUCAUGCAGUAAGCAUUUGCAAUUCAUAUGUGCAAUGCUGUACACAGGUACAGGCCUUUCCCCCUAGUCCCUGUAGGAAAAAGUGAAGCAACCCUCAUAUGUUGUGGAGUAUCAGGUAGGUUUUCUAUGCAGGAAGAAGGCAGGCAGGCUUCUUUGCUGCCUCCCACAGGGCCUGGAACCUGCCACAUCAAUUAGGACAUUGGGUUGUAUCCAACACCAGUCAUACUGAGAUUCUGGAAUUAAUGAAAAUUAACGGACACGACCAACAAAGAUGCAUUCAUUUCAAUGGGUCUUUUCUGAGUAAAAAUUAGUUGAUGCAACCCGUAGUGUAUAUGUCCCUCUCAUGUCAACCAUGUGCCCCUUUCUCCCAAUUCACGUUAUGAGCUCUAUACUUGGUAGGGAAAGUGCACAAAGCCAGGGUUUGCUCCUGCAUAUUGCCAAAUGUGAAAAACUGAGCAGGGGCGGAGGAAGGGGGUGCGGGGGUGCCACUGGGGGGGGGGUGACAAAAUGCCAGGUGGCACUCACCGCAGAGCCUGCAGCACACCCUAGCCAUGCGUCUCUCCUGGGAGAGACGCGGUGGCUUGGGCGCCCGCAGGCUCCACGCUGCCCAAACGGUCUGUCCGCUGCCUCCCCCCCAACUGUAGGGCGGCUGAGUGGGAGGAGGCAGGCAGACUCCGGCGGCCCCAGAGGUUUGCCUCGCCCUGCCCCUAUGGGCGUGCCACCCCAGGCGCCCAAGCGGCUUCCUCCGCCGCCAGCACUGAGAUCUUAUGUGAACCAGCCCAUAGAAAUCCAUUGACAGCAGUGCAGUUAUACCAACAUUAUGGUUGUUGUUUUCUUUCUCUAUGUGUGGGAGUGAGAGAUGGACAGGUGUCAGUGGUACCGAAGGGUUUUUGUUUUGUUUUUAGCAUAAGGAUGAGUUUGGAGGCAAGGAGAGGGAUAUAUAAAAUAAUAAAAGCUUUAAUUUACAUAUGGAGCUAGUGGUAGUGUUCAUCUGCAUAGUGAUGUACAGUGGUACCCUGGAUACGAACGGGAUCCGUUCUGGAGCCCCAUUCGCAUCUAGAAGCAAAUGUAACUAGCGACGGCACGUCUGAACACACUCGCGUCGCUUUUUGCCGCUUCUGCGCAUGCGCGUGACAUCAUUUUGAGCGUCUGCGCAUGCAUGAGCGGUGAAACCCGGAAGUAACACACUCUGUUACUUCCAGGUCGCCACGAAGCGCAACUUGAACGCGCUCAACCCGAAGCACAUUCAACCCGAGGUAUGACUGUAAGCUUUGCUCUUAAACCAGAAAUGUAAGGAAGUGGAAGUAUAGUAAAAUAUCCUUGGUUAGAUACACACUUCAGUAAGUUACCACUUUUUGAAACACUGGUGGGCAGCAAAAGGGCCACAUCAAUUGGUGAGUGGCCUCAGGUUUCUCUGACCAGUUAUGUGCUGUGAUGCCCAUAAAUGCAUCCAUUAUUGUUAGUAGGUGGCUCAUGAAGUCAGGAUGACAUCAUACAUUUUGUAAUGAAGACUAAGGCUAGGAACAUUACAUAUAAAAUUAAAUUUCAGAGCUGUGCGUGAGACUUUUGAGUCUUGUCUCAGUAGGUAAAAUUCAUCUAAAACAAGUCUCCUUCCUUUUGUAGGUUAUCUUACUGUUGAUAAUGUUAGUUAUGCGCAAGCGAGUAUCUCUCACCAUUGCCUUGUUCCACGUGGCUGGCAAGGUCUUCAUUCACCUGCCACUACUCGUCUUCCAGCCAUUUUGGACGUUUUUUGCCCUCAUGCUCUUCUGGAUCUAUUGGAUCGCGGUCUUGCUCUUCCUAGGUACCACAGGUAUGUAAAUCUCACAUAAUUUCAUAAUUCCUUUCUCCUUCUUUUUGGUAACCUCAGAAAGUGUUAGUGUCGCUCUUCUCUAUUGACUGAAUCAAAUGAAAUUCAGCCAAGUAAAUGAGUCUGCAUUAAAAUAAAUGAAAACAAAACAAGGCAUGAGUACUGUUAAAUGCAGCAUGGCUGAUCUUUAUGUAUGAGCACAUUGAGCCGUGGCUUCGCAGCAGGUGCGCAUGGAUGUUAAAGGCAGGCACUGAACUUUCCCGCUUUGUGUCUGCAGGAAAAGCAUAUGAAAACUCCAGCCAAUCCUGAAUAUGACAGCCCUUUUAUUUCCUGUGAUCUGCGAUAGUGAAUGCCUUUCACCAAUAUUUAAAAUUCUUCACCCUUUGCUGAUUUGUUUCUGAGCCCAAUUAGAGUGCUGAUUUUAGCUAUUAAGGCCCUGAACAGUCCACUACUAGAAUAGCUGAAGGAUUGUCUCUUCUUAUACGUACCUGCCUAAUCAGGGGUGAGGAGCUGGUUCUGGCUGGCAGGCCACAUUUCUGUCUCCCUCACCUCACCCCCAGACCAAGUCUGACAGGUGGGCGGCGUGUUUUUGCACACACAGUUUGAAGUCAAAAACCGCUUGAAAUCAGAACAGCAAGCACCGUGCAACUGGGGGUUGCAAGACCCAACCACCAGCUGACCAUGAGCGCUUGCGCGUUGCUGCGCGUUGCUGCGCAUGGCGCUUUGCGGACCCGACAAUCAGCUGAUCGUCGGAGCCUGCAGUGCCCACGCCUUUGCCCAGGCCUCUGAUCAGCUGAUUGGCGGUUCCUGCAAACCCCCUUUGGCUGAUCCGGGUCUUUACCCACUCGAAACCUGACGUCAUGUAUCGUGUAAGGUGUAAGACGUGUGCACGAUAUAUCAGGUGUUGGUGGGGGAGCUUCGUAGGCCUAAUGAGACCCACAGGCAGGAGGGACCUCAGCCCAGCUUCGAUUAAGUUCUGCAUUCCCCACUCUUUAUGAGUUAGCAGGCGGUUACACAGCAGAGGGACAUUUCUGCUUUGUGGCACCAUUGUUCUGAAAUGGCCUCCUGAAAGAAGCCCUUUUGGACCCAUUAUUGCUGGCCUCAUGAAGCAAGGAGUUGCUCCAUGAGGAGCAUAAUUCUUUUGUGCCAAUAUUAAACAUGUUGUGUUGCUGUGGAAUGGCUAUUUUGAAUGCCUUUCUCCCUUGCUCUUCAUUUCUGCUUCUAGGUAGCCCUGUCAAAAACGACCAGGGCUUUGUAGAGUUCCAAGUCGCAGGCCCACUGAGGUACAUGUGGUGGUAUCACGUCGUGGGGUUAGUUUGGAUCAGUGAAUUCAUCCUUGCCUGUCAACAGAUGACUGUAGCAGGAGCCGUUGUGACGUAUUAUUUUACGAGGUGAGAGAUUCCGGGGCAGUUUAAUCACGAGAGGCUGGUUCUCUAAAACCUCAGAAGUAAACAGGGCAUGGGCAGAUGGUGUAAUGAGAAGAUGAAACUCGAAGGCAAAGCCUCCAGUAACGUGCUUGGCUGGUUUUGAUCUGUUAUAAAUGCAUUCGCUCCAAUACAGUCCACUCGAUUAUUCACCUAGGACAGAGUUUCUGUGUAAACAGUACCUUGGUCAAUAUUGGAUCUGAUACGUCUGCCGUGGCUGUUUAGCAUAUGACUAUAUCAGAGGCGAUCAAAGUUCAAUACUGCUGGGUGUGGUGCUUUGUUUGCUGAGGCCUGUAGGCUAAAUAUGAAAAAAUGCUAAGUACAAAAAAUAUAUAUUGUAUGUUAGAUGAGCAACAGAGAGCACUGUUCCCACCCACCCCUGCAGUUACGCUGUUCUGAUCUGUAUGACCUGUGCCAUGGGUAGGCAAACUAAGGCCCGGGGGCCGGAUCCAGCCCAGUUGUCUUCACAAUGCGGCCUGUGGAUGGUCCGGGAAUCAGCGUGUUUUUACAUGAGUAGAAUGUGCCCUUUUAUUUAAAAUGCAUCUCUGGGUUAUUUAUGGGGCCUGCCUGGUGUUUUUACAUGAGUAGAAUGUGUCCUUUUAUUUAAAAUGCAUCUCUGGGUUAUUUGUGGGGCAUAGGAAUUCGUUCAUUUUUUUCUUCUUCAAAAUAUAGUCCGCCCCCCCAAAAAGGGGUCUGAGGGACAGUGGACCAGCCCCCUGCUGAAAAAGUUAGCUGACCCCUGACCUAUGCAGUGGGUCAGAACAAGUCUCAAAUGAGAGAGGGUGCAUUUUGUUAAGAAUCACCAUUCUUCAGAUUAUUUCAUUUAAGUUAGACAGAAGACUGUUCCCUUCAAGGUUUAAGGGAGUAGUUUCCUGUCUAAUGUGAAUGAAAUUCAGUAUUGGAAGGGGGGAUUUAUUAAAUGUGAUAUUAUUUAUAUUAUAAAUAUAACUCUAAAUCAAAAGUUCUCUUACAUUUAUUAAAGCACCCAAAGAUGAUGAUGAUUAUAAAUCACUUUGCUUGUAAAACUCAAGGGAAUGAACUAUACCAAUGCAACAUUUCCAUUUACAGCAGCUUAAAAUCUGAAAGCACACUAAAACCAACAAACCACUGCUUGCAGAUUGAAAGUAUUCCCCUAAAUGAGGGUAUUGACUCUCCUUCCAGUCUCUUCAUGAAUUUAGACAUCUUCAGGUGUCACCAGAGAGGGCUUUUUUGUUUUUAUGAGAACAGUAUGUGUCCACUGGCGUCUUCCACAGUCUCUGGCUGUCUCUCUGGCAGUCUCUCUCAUGUUAUGCUCCUCAUGCAAGUGGACCACUCCCAAGUGAAUAAAAUGGAUGAAAGUUACAUCCUGGGCUCCUGAGGCAACAGGUUCCUCAUGGUGACUUGGCAUGGUUUAAUUUCUGUCAUAUACCUUAAGCCAGGGGUCAGCAAGCUUUUUCAGCAGGGGGCCGGUCCACUGUCCCUCAGACCUUGUUGGGGGCCAGACUAUAUUUUGAAGAAGAAAAAAUGAACAAAUUCCUAUGCCCCACAAAUAACCCAGAGAUGCAUUUUAAAUAAAAGGACACAUUCUACUCAUGUAAAAGCACGCUGAUUCCCAGACCGUCCACGGGCCAGAUUGAGAAGGCGAUUGGGCCGGAUCCAGCCCUGGGCCUUAGUUUGCCUACCCAUCCCUUAAGCUUCUCUCUCUCUUGAAAUCGGCCGUUGUUGAUUCACAGGCCUGUUUGUAAAUAACCCAAGUUUUGCAUGUUCUUUGCUAUUUCUGUCAGGGACUUUUUCCUGUGUUCAUCAAGAAUACUUGUGUAACUCUUAAAGCUGUGUUUUUAAGAAAUGAAUUGCAGUCCUGUCUGAAAGGAGAAGAAUGGGCAAAGAGGCAGAGCAGAGGAUAAAGACCACAUGAGAUGUUUUAAGCACAAGUGAAAACUAGUGUCCGGUUUGUAGGAUUUUUACCCAAGCGUACUAGUGGUUUAAUUUGAAGUGGAUAGGUUUGUCUUUCAUCUAAACCAGUGUUUCCCAGACUUGGGUCUCCAGCUGUUUUUGGACUACAACUCCCAGCAUCCUUAGCUAGUAGGACCAGUGGUCAGGGAUGAUGGGAGUUGUGGUCCAACAACAACUGGAGACCCAAGUUUGGGAAAAACUGAUCUAAACUGUUGGUUUAUUUUAGCCCCAUAAUAUGUAUAGCCUGACACUCUGAUUGUUUUGGUCCAGAUAGCUAAACACACAUACCGGUUCUUUGAAUCAAUUUCACUCCUGCAAUAAGAUCAUGAUACACCUGGAUCUCCUUUAAAAGCCUUCAUUAUAGUAGGAAACAGAUGCAACAAUCUCAGCUUAAUAAAUGAUGUGCUUCUGUUGUGGAUAAUCUAAAUCACAGUUUCCUGUUACAUCUGAAUGGGGAAACUGUGGUUUGAUCUCAGUUUACUAACCAGGCUCUAAAAUCCUGGUUUCAGAUCCUGGUUAGCUUGGUUUGUGUCUUUUGAUACUUUUACGAAAUUGGUGCCAUCAUUUUGUCUGCCGUAGUAUAUGGAGACAAUUGGAUCAGUUCUGUGUGAAAUCAAAAUCUUAUUUUCGGCUAAUGAAGCAGAACUUCAUAGCCAUCUCAAAGCCAGCAAGGGGCUGCCAUAAUGCGAUAUGUAAAAAAUUAAUUUGAACAAGAAAACACAUGAUAUCAGUUAACACUGUAAUAGACAAGACACGUUACUAGAUAGUUCUGCCUUCUUAAUCAAGAAUCCCUUUAGUGUCUUUGUUUCUUGGGCUUUACGGACAGAGGUCUUAAUGAUUGCUGAGACUCACUACAGAACUACCAUUGUAGGGUCCUUCACAUCUCAAGUUGGCCUCUGAGUAACACUGUUGCUACCUGUUUUUGUCUGCUGAUGCUAUCUGUUGUCACUGUUUUUGUAUUUUUUAAUUUCUCUCUACAGAGAAAAACGGAAUCUGCCAUUCACACCUAUUCUGGCGUCUGUCAAUCGCUUGAUCUGUUACCACCUAGGAACUGUGGCUAAAGGGGCUUUCAUUAUUACCUUAGUGAAGAUUCCACGAAUGAUACUCAUGUAUAUUCAUACCCAAGUCAAAGGAAAAGUAAGGGGAACACUUUGCUAUAGAAGUGUGGGCCAUUGGUGGAACUGACAGAUGAAAAAUGUAAAUAGAGAAUAAGAACAGCCCAGCUGGUUCCCCAAAACUGAUCUAGUUCAGCAUUUUGCUUCCCAAAGUGACAAGCCAGAUAUACCUCUGGAUUAAAAAGGAGAGUUCCCUUCUCUCCCUCAUGAGUAAAACAAGCCUUCUGAAGCAAAAGUGGGAAAAACACCUAUUUGGGGGGUAGUGCAGAAAAAGGGCAAAAAACAGAUUCUGUUGGGGCCUGAUUUUUUUAUUAUUUAACUAAAUGCACAUUUAGAAAAUGCACAUAUAUCUUUAGAAUGUCAUUUGGACAAUUUAAUAGUCAAGAUCAGUGUUUCCCAAACUUAAGUCUCCAGCUGUUUUUGGACUCCCAGCAUCCCUAGCUAGCAGGAGCGCAGUGGUCAGGGAUGAUGGGAAUUGCAGUCCAAAAACGGCUGGAGACCCGAGUUUGGAAAACGCCGGUCCAGAUGUUGGCGGAAACACUUGUCCUACCUUUUUAGACUUCUGUAAUGAUUUAAAGCUCAGCCUGUUCAAAAAGGGGUUGUCAAAAAUAAAGGCUGUGUCACAGUAUGACGUGGCUGGCUGUUUCAGAUACAAAGGAGGGAUCUCAAUGUUCUUUUCAACACGGCAGAAUUCUCAGGUUGUGGAAAAAGAAAUGAAGCCAGACUUUUGAGAGCUUUCGGCAAGCUUUCUUCAUGACUGAAGUUUACCUUAUAACAACUUUAUACGGGAAAGUGGAUGGUGAGAUUCUUGGCCACUACAAGAGUCUAGAUAAUGAGGAGGGUGGGCCCCAAAGUCUUGUCCCAUAUGAUCUGUGGGUUGAUUCAGGCAUGACUACCAACCACUUUUUCCUCUGGAGUGAUGGUGUCUCAGCAUGAACCAGGCUAGACACAGAGAGGGCCAUUUCCACAACUGCAGGAAUAACUUUUGUCACCACAACUGUGGAAAUAGCUGUGAACUGUCUCCGUAUACUGCCUGGGUUAAACUUAGGUUUCUUUGCCUGAUUACAUCUGCCACAUGAUUUCUCUCCCUCAUGGCGGGAAAAAGAAGCUUUUUUUGCAUGUUUGACUUGGUCUUACGUGACCACCAAUUACAGGAGCCAUUGUAUUAAAGCUGGGCUCUGAGCCCUUUGUUACAGAGGAAGCAUAUGUGUAAAUUGAGACUUGUAUAUGAAAGUACUUACCAUUUAGAUACCAACCUACGCCCUAGCACUUAAUGCAAUUUAAUGUUUUCUCUGAUUAUUAUUUCCGUUUUGUUGUCGCCGUUCUCCCCAUCUUAGGAAAAUGCCUGCGCUAGAUGUAUGUUGAAAGCCUGCAUUUGCUGCCUUUGGUGUUUAGAAAAGUGCCUGACUUACUUAAAUCAGGUAAGAAUUUAUAUUUCCCUGGCAUUCCUUUUCAAAGGCUGGAAAGUUUCACUUCAACCUUCAUGCAAUCGGCUCUAAACUGAAAGAUGCCGGAUGGUAUGUUAACAUUUGAAUGCAGUUACGGACUGCAGGAAUAGAGCCUUUACUGAAAUUAAAAUGCGUUGUAGUUUCUCAGAGGCUGUAAAGAAGAACAAGUCUAAUGUUUUGGAGGAGAAACCAUCAUGAAACUGUUGCCUAUGAGCUAAAGCAUAUUUUGUACAACGGUUAAAUAUGGGUCUAUUACAGUGUGUACGCCUUGCAAUAAGAGUGAAAAUCUUAAAACACCGGGCAUUUUAGAAAGUGUGCAUUUGCGGAUUGUCCUCAUUUGCAGGACACCCACAGUGAAUUGCAGUGGACAAACUAUAUCAUACACAAGUUUCCUUUGAUAGAAACAUGGAGGUGGAUGGGUGUUUAAUGGACAGUUUAAUGUUGAACCUGGCAUGUUGCGUCCUGUUCUAUGUGCAGGAAGGGCCAGAUAAUAACCCCCCUCCCCAGUUUAUCUAGAUUAUCUUUUUGGUCUGUUCAUCAGAUCUUGCACAGACCUUCACUGUUUGCUACGACGGUGACUAAGUGAAGGAUUGUAUCCAUCAAAAACUCACGUUAAUGUCUAUGAAGGUCUUAGAUGUCGGGUGUGGAAGAGUGGAAGAGAACCUAACCAAUGGCAUUCUGCCUCUCUCUUCCCAGAAUGCAUAUACAGCCACAGCUAUCAACAGCACCAACUUCUGCACCUCAGCAAAGGAUGCCUUUGUGAUACUAGUGGAGAACGCUCUGCGAGUGGCUGCCAUAAACACAGUGGGAGACUUCAUGCUCUUUCUAGGAAAGGUAGGGCUGUGCGAAAAAUGGAAGUUCUCCUCAAACUGUCUCUUUCUCUUGCACAAUGCUGGGCAGUGUGUACUCUGUGCACAGAACAUUGCUUGUAAACAGAGUUCUCAUUUCCCCCCUUGCCUUUUUGCCCACCAGAGUAAUAUUCAAGGCAGUUAACAACAAACAACAGUGAAACAAAUCAUCACUAAUCAAACAAUUAAAAUCCAGAAAGAGAAACACCAUGCAGUUGCUCAGUCGAGCCCAAAGUGGGGGGAAGAAAUUCUGAUAAUUCGGGGGGGGGGGCAGUUAAUUGCAGACUGAGAUUCUUAGGAAGCGGAAUUCUUCACCUGAGACCACAUCCUGUACUUUUGCAGAAUCAUGGCAUUCACCCAACCCAGCUAGUGUUCUUAUGUUUUCACUUUCCUCUUGGAAGAUAAACCAAAGGAUGAGCCAGUCUGACCAUUUCAGUGGAUGUAGCUAGCAGGAACUAGCCAGGAUGAAUGACUAUAGGAAUGCAGGCAUUAUCCAGGUUGAGGAGUAAAAGGGAGCUUUUAUUUUUCUAAAUAUUUGAAAGCUUAUGAUUUGGCCCUUGACUCCAAGACGUCUCUUUCUGAAGUCCCAGAUGGUUCAGUUUUGAUCUUAACUUUUGCUGCUAGGUAACCCAUGAACAAACCGUAUUUUUUUUUCCUAUUUCAAAGCACGUUUUAUUUGACUGCAGUGCCCUUUGCACCAGUCUUCAAAGACAAAUAUGUCUACCGCCACCUCAUGGCAUUAGGGUCCUGCUUAUGAAUUCCUUCCCUCCUGCUCUUUGUGCAUUAAUUCAUACUGCAACCAACCCAACUUUCAAGCAGAGACUUUGUAAUCCCCCAAAUAAACAAAUCAAUAAGUCGCGGUAGGAGUGAGCGCAUAAUUAGAUAUAAUGGCCUUAGGGCGACUGGAGUGCACAGUGAGGUUUGCUUAGAAUGGAUUUGACAUGUACCAUGAAGGUCUCCCUCGAGGCCGGGAGAACACGUUUUUCAUAUGGCUGAAAAUAAAAGAACGAUGGGAAAUGCUGACCUUAGCUCUGCAGAACACUCUCCGUUAAUGUCAGUGAAACACUGCCGCCCAUACCAGACGAGCUCUGCUUUUCAACUUAAGCAAAGAUACAGAUUGAAGUAAGAUGCAGCGAUCCAUUUGUGCACGAAGUUAUCAUUAAAAAACAAGAUUUGGGUGCCGGGAAAUGCACUGAAAAUCAAUUUUUAUGAAACUAACAUGUAUUUCUUUGGGAAAGGUUUCCGAAAGAAACUUUGAAAUGGUUUCCAUUACUUUUCAAAAACGUGUACUAAUGAUUCUUAGGGAGAAGGAGCACUUUCCUUUUACAAGUGAGAAAAGAGAUUGGAGAAAUCUAAUGAUUCAGAGAGCAGCGUAGUCGUCAUCUUGAGAUACUUGCCACGCAUGCAUACCCAUUUUUUUUACCCAAAUGAUCACAGUAUGCUUUCUUGCUGCUGUUCUCUAGAAUAGGUAUGACUUAAGAAACAACUUCAGCUACCCCUCGGUGUGUGUAUUUGUGAAAUGUUUUGAAAUAACCGUAUUUUUCACUCCAUAGAUGCACUUUUUUCCUCCUAAAAAGUAAGGGGAAAUGUGUGUGCACCUUAUGGAGCGAAUGCAGGGGGGAGGCAGGCAGGAAAAGCCCCCAAGAGCCGCACACAAGCUCCGCGCGGCUCUUGCGGGCUUUUCUACGAGGAGGGCUCCCUUUAAGGAGCGUGUGGCUCCUGUGGGCUUUUGCGGGAGGUGGGGGAAUUGCCAUAGCCGUGCGCAGCCUCUCCCGGCCGGAGAGACUGCUCGCGGGUAAAGAAGCCAAGACAGCGAGCGCGAUCCAUCCCGCUCACUGUCUUGGCUUCCUCUUUAGCCGCGCGCAACCUCUCCAGUCAUGGGAAGCUGCACGCAGCUAUGGCAGAAGCCAAGACAGCCAGUGGGAUAGAUCCCGCUGGCUGUCUUGGCUUCUUUGCUCUUUGGGGCUGGGGGGGGGGACCCAUGCUUCCCCCUGCAGCCCCAAGAAGCUCUGGGAGAAGCAGACAGGCUUUCCCCCCUUGAUUUCCCCCUCUAAAAACUAGGUGUGCCUUGUGGUCCGGUGCACCUUAUGGAGCGAAAAAUAUGGUACAUAAUGAAUCUCCAUGUGUGUUUCAUGCACAUUUUAUGACAUGCGUGUGCAGUAUCUCACCACCCAUUCUAGAAAGGCAAAGGACCACAAUUGCCUCUGCAGGGGGGGUUCUGUAUCUCCCUGUCUUCUCCAGAUCUGGUUUAAGUGGAGGCUUGGCAACACCGAAAAGCUUGUGAUAUUCCUUGUCAACUUUGUUUGCUCUCUGUCUGCUCUUCAGGUUCUAAUAGUGUGCUGCACGGGCCUGGCAGGGAUCAUGCUGCUGAACUACCAACGGGACUACACGGUGUGGGUGCUGCCGCUCAUCAUUGUCUGCCUGUUUGCAUUCUUAGUCGCUCACUGCUUCCUAUCCAUUUAUGAAAUGGUUGUGGACGUCCUCUUCUUAUGUUUUGCCAUUGACACCAAGUAUAACGAUGGCAGCCCUGGGAAGGAGUUCUACAUGGAUAAAGUUCUUAUGGUAAGUUCUUUAGAAUGUGGUGUGCUUCUGAAUACAAGGAAUCGUGUAGUGAAAAGAGCUUAAGAGUAGUGAUAGGAGGAACUCUGUUCUGGUUUGCUUCAUCAUUUGGCUUGUCUAUUUGUGGGCCACUGUAUUUUCUUAGCAUAUAAAUCUGGCACGUGGGAAGGUGCUUGAAAGUUCAGUUCUUGUUUCCUGUAGUCCAGUAAGAUAAAGAUGUACAGUAUAUAUGGGGAAGAGAGCCAUGUACUCAAUCAGUUGCUUCUUUGAGGGUUCUGUGCUGUAGCUGCUUGCUCUGCUGAAGAAGCAAGCACUAGGGAAUCUUGCUGGACCCUCAACCAUAUUUUGCAGGGAAACAGUAUACAGUGGUACCUCGGGUUAAGAACUUAAUUCGUUCUCGAGGUCUGUUCUUAACCUGAAACUGUUCUUAACCUGAAGCACCACUUUAGCUAACGGGGCCUCCUGCUGCUGCUGCCACGCCACCAGAGCACGAUUUCUGUUCUUAUCCUGAAGCAAAGUUCUUAACCCGAGGUAAUAUUUCUGGGUUAGCAGAGUCUGUAACCUGAAGCGUAUGUAACCCGAAGUACCACUGCACCAUGGUUUUCUGCUUUAGAUAUUGUGGUAAACUGUUGUUUGACACAAACCAGAACACAACUAAUGGAAAACUAGUGCUCAAGGAAUGUCAAGUUAGGAGUGGGGACAGAGUGGUUUAUAUAUCACCACUCGGCUAUGAAGUUCCCUGGGGAGCCUCAAGGCCAGUCACAACACAGGAUUGUUGUGAGACUGACAUGAAGAUGGACAACCUUGCACACGACCUUGAGUUCAUUGGAGGAAGAGUGGAUAGUAGUGUAAUAAACAAACAACAAUCAUUAAAGCAGAGAGCAUGUGGAGAGAGGGAGGGAGGGUGCACAAGUACCAGAUUUAUUCCUGCAGCACCAAAGUGUGGUUUGACAUUACUUGCAAGCCAACUCAUCAUCUUGUAAUAUUUACAAGAGCAUGGGCAAUAAUGUCCCAGGGCAACCAGAGGAGGAGGGUGCCCAACAAGCAUAUCAGGAGUGCACCUCUUGCCCAAGCAACCCGGCUGGCACUGGGAAGACAAUAGGACACGAAAACAAUAGGACAGUGGGUGGUAGUUCUGUGGUCUGGCUGACAGGGACUGGUUUUCCCUAUCUGGAAGCCCGGGUCUCAUAACACAGGGGAAGAGAACCAAGUACCUGUCAUACCUCCUGGCAGCUCUUUAAAAGCAUGGAAGACAAAUCAAGGGAGGAAAAUUCUCUCCACUAUCUUCUCCAGUGUUCCAAAGACUGUUUGUGACAAUAGUCUUCAACCAUUUCAGAUCCAACCCAAACACGCAUUUGGGGGAACCAUUUCUUAAAUAUUUUAUCAUCUGCUUACAUGGCAGUAGUAAAAGGGUAAAGGUAAAAGAGCCCUGGACGGUUAGGUCCAGUCAAAGGUGACUAUGGGGUGCGGCGCUCCUCUCGCUUUCAGGCCAAGGGAGCUGCAUUUGUCCGCAGACAGCUUUCCGGGUCAUGUGGCCAGCAUGACUAAAUCGCUUCUGGCACAACAGGACACCGUGACAGAAGCCAGAGUGCACAGAAACACCGUUUACCUUUACCUAUAUAUCUACUUGCACUGGUGUGCUUUUGAACUGCUUAGGUUGGCAGUAGUGCUGCUAUUGUGACCCAUCUUAGAUGAGGCUCAGUAUUGGGCCCCAACCCCCCAGGUGAAGAAUGAUUUUCUAUGAUCAUGAGUCAUGAUGGAGGACCUUUUCCUUACCGUCUUUCAGGAAUUUGUGGAGAACAGCAGAAAAGCAAUGAAGGAAGCUGGCAGGGGAGUUGGAGCCGAAGGCAGGGAGCUCAAACCAAUGGUAGGUCCUCUGGAAGAAGUGGCUGCUCUCUUCCAAGAGUUUCACGUGUACUUCCUGUCCCUUUCUGUUUUCACUGACUAUGCUUCUUCAGGAGAAGUCUUUGUCGUUUGUGUCACUCAGGAUGUUCUGCUUUUUUUGUUUGUGAGCUUGCCUAUCACCUGGAUGGCAGAGUUUUUGUCACAGCUGAGACCAUCUCCCAUAAAAGUAAGCUGAAAGGAACUGUAUCUUCAUGCUUCUACUGUGUUUCUGUAACCCCAGAGCGCAACCGAAUUCUCUCAGUAGUGAUGUUACUGGUACUCAAAAUUACCUUUGGGCUGUAUACAUGGAGGGGGAAAACAGCCAAUAUGAAACAUAUAUAACUAUGCGCCCAGGUAUCCUAUUUGUGGUAGGGUUUCAAAACUUAGUCCAUGUUUUUAACUUGACAUUUACUAUCCUUUUGUUGGAAAAUAAGAUAUUACACUGAGUUGCUAAUAGGAUUCUGGAAGGCACAGUGGCUAUCGCUAUGAGUCACUUGACCUCCCUCCACACCACUUUGCUGUCUCUGGGUACCUGAUAUAUCUGGCUGAUAAGUUCUGAGGUGAUUUGGAGUGAUUCUAGCUUGUUUAUUUCCAGCCACAUAAGCCAAUUCACUUCAGCCUGAUUUUGACGCUUAAACACUCAUUUUUUAAGUUUCCACGCAUUCCUCCAUCAUCAAGGAAGUUGAUACAGUUAUUCCUUUCAACCUGCUAAAGUAACAUUUCUCCUAAUUCUUCUCUCUUUGCCAUUGUUCUUUCUGCGUUUCAACAUUGUGCCUGGUGGAGAAAUGUGGAUUUGGGCUCCCUCACUUCAAACACGUCCUUUUUCCAUUUUAACAUGCAGUAACUUUUUGAUAAGUCAUGAAAUUCUUGGAAAUAAGAGAAAGCCAGGAAACAGUGUGAAGAAAUUAUAUAUUUCAUGUACUCCAUAUUGAUAGCAAUACUGAAGAAACAUGUCCUGUCCCCCUGCCGCAAUAUAAUACUUGUGGCUGGUUCAUACUAUACGUUGGGGCAAAUUUUUGCAGCCAGAUACAUUGACUUGGCAAGAGUAACAUAUACAAAUGAGCUCAUACCUCUCAGAAUUAGAUGUUGCGACCCUUAUAAUCUCCCUUGGAAAACUGAGAACUCUUAACCCAGCUCUUAACCCAGGUUUCUCCAACCUCAAGUCCCCAGAUGUUGCUGAACUACAACCCCCAUCAUGUCCACCAGCAUGGCUGAUGGCCAGGGAUAAUGGAAUUUGUAGUCCAUUCAUACCUGGGGACCCAAUAUUGGGAAAAGCUGUAUUGAUUCCUUUUCACCGGCGCUCAGUUGGCAGUGCUCUUCUUUUUCAAAUGCAUAGGUGGGCAUGAUUUGACAUGGGGCAGGGGCCUGUGGAUUUCAUUAACACAUUGACGUAGCUGCUUUAUUCAACAUGAACAUAGAUGCCUCCUGAAAGUCAUUAGAUAAAUUCAUGAAAGUUCAGUUUCUUGGAGGCUACUAGGAAUGAAUGAUAACUCAGAAUGAGACCUAAGUGUGCAGAGGCUGUAGACUUCUAAUAACUGCAUGCCAGAAGUUUGGGGCCAGGCAAUAGGGGGUGCUCUGCUUUUGAGCUUUCUGGGAGCUUCUGCAUGAUCAAGGCUGGAAACAGAAUAUUUGACUAGAUAGAUAUUUGAUCUGAUUCAGCAAGGAAGUUCUAAUAUUCCUUUCACAUGUUUGCUCAGGGACCUGCCAAUCCUCUCGGUAGCCCUGAUUGCUACAGUUUGAAACUGAAGCUAAAAAUUAACAUUAUUUUUUUGGGAACAUAAUGCUAAACAACAAAUAACUCUGCACAAUCCUCAGGCUUGCAUGCUCCUCCUUUCUCUCUUCUCUUGGCAUAGCUAUCUGAAGAUCAGAAGCACUUGCUUCCUGAUACAUCCAAACCCAAACUGCUUAGAGUUAGUUCAAACAAGCCAAGAUCAAAAUGUGUUUUGUGAUCUUGACUUGUUCACCAAAAAAGAAAAAGACAAAACAAACAAGUGGAGAGGCCUCUAGGUCUAAUCAGCAGGUCCACAGACUCUUUUGAUCAGGCCCGGUCUUGCUCCCUCCACUGCUCUCGCCAGUCUCCUCUUCUCCACCCAUCCCUUCCUCUGCUUUUCCCCAUCCCAGCCGCAACCCUGCUGUUUCUGCUGCUGUGAGAAGAGGGAGAGGGAAGCAGCAUGCCGAUAAACUCGGAGGCCCAACCGUAACCCAUGGUGAUCAGGGCAAUGUAGCUACCGCAUCUAGAACUCUGCUGUCAGAAGCUGGGCUAUUAAUUGGGCACACAACUUUGUACAAACAAACCUAGUGCAGCUUGCUGCUUUAUCUAGGUUCAGCCAGAGAGAAAAAUCACACUAUGUAGAUAUAUAUAUAUAUAUAUAUAUAUCCACUUUGGAGAAAGUUUGACUAAUAUGUCUAUUUUUCAGACCUUCAUUCUUGUAUCAAUCAAAUCUCUGUUUAUUGUGCCAAGGACUGAAAACCGGUGCAGCAGAAAAGUUUUUAGUGUCAGUGCAGCAUACAUUUUUCAAUUAUGCUUAUGAAUCUAAGUUCUAAAUAUACACUGUUCUGAAAAAUUAUCUCUACUGGUACUUUGUAGUAAAAACAAUUAAUGCACUGGUGGGAUCCUUAGGCAAAAUGUAUAAUUGGGUUAAAGGAUUGAAGGAAACUGCAAGAAAAGUGUGAGAUUCUUAUGUUUACGAUGUGAUCAGAUUGAUUGUUUAUACAAAUUGUGUUAAAACUGACUAAAAUUUUAAAAAGUGUCUGUGUAGGUAUAUAUUAUGUACACAAGCACAUAAAUAUAUACAAUAUUACCCAGGAGUAUUUUUUUUUCAGGACUUUUUAGAUAAUACUAGAUAAAAUUUUCAAAUGUCAUACUUUUAUUUUAAGGGGAAGAUUGGUUAUUUUCAAUUAUUAAAGAUAAAAAGGCCAAAAGAAAAAGAAAAAAAGAAGCUGGGCUAUUAACAGAUGUAAUACUUAUUAUAGGUGUUGGUACAUGCAUACAGCGGUUCUCGUGCAAAUGGCAAAAAGCAUAAGCCACACUGAAGCAGAUUCUCUGUCAUCAGAAUGAGACCCACUGCUUUCUUUCUGGGGGUAUGCAGAGGGUACAUGUACCCCUAAACAUUUUGCGUUGCCCCAACCGACGGACCGACAUGCCAGCUGUCUCCGCAGUAGCAGCGCGGACUGGAGCUCUGUCAUUCUCCCCGCUGGUGCCUGGGUAGGGGAGUCUGGGGUGGCCGUAGUGGAGGCGCUGGCGCUGCUCCUCCUCGCUCAAGCCGACCACACUGCUGCUGGGGGUCUUCCCGUCCUCUCAGCGCCGCCACCUUGAGUCCCUCGUCCAGGGUUUGGGGGGGAGGAAGGGUGCGAGGAGUGAGGGAGCAGCCAAAAUGAGAGUACCCCUAAACAUUUUUUAAGGAAAAAAAGCACUGAUUAGGCCUACAUAUAUUUUGUAGCUAUUUUAUUUAUUUAACUUGACUAUUUAUAAGGCACCUUUUCACAACCAGACCAGUGGAUUUUCCAUGGCACUUGGCUAGUUGUUGUUUUUCAGUUGCACAUUUUAUUAAUGUUUGUUAUUGACACGUGAAGGCAGAUUCCCCGUUGAUCUGACUUAGGCACCUGAAUGAAGUUAUCAAUAUAAUAAGCAAAGACUGAAUGCAGCUGACCAUUUACCAAGUGAUGACUUCCCACAGAACGCAUGUUGACUUCCGUUGCUGCCAAGCAACAAGGAGGAUUUUCCCACACACCUGUGCAAAAGCAGAAAGCUGAGGAAGCAGGGAAGUGUUCAAAUUGUUUCUGUCACAUGGUUGUGUAUCACAGACCAUCUGGUUCCAUAUCGUGUCGUGGACAGGGUGUGAGCUUUAGAUCAGGAACACAACCAGCUCUGUCAAGAAGCUUAGCUGGGUGCCUUUGGGGAUCACCGGCACUCUCUCAGCCUAACUUGCCUCAUGGGGUUGUGAGGAUAAAAUGGGAUCAACAUCACAUAAACCAACCUCAGCUCACCGAAUGAAGAGCCACCUACAAAUCUGAAAUAGGCUUUAGUAAAUUCUCAGUUGAUAGACAAGCAAAAUGCUUUCCAGAGCCUUCUGAGAUUGUGAGAGCCUGUUGCAUUUGAAACAUGUAGUAGUUUGUUUUGUUUGGAUCCACUUCGUUCAUAUAGUAGAGAAACUGAUCUAAUCAUUCAACCAAGACAGGCACCUAAGCAUCUUUCCAAAAUGCUAGGGUGAUGAACUUCUUAAAUUUUAUAAUUCUAAAGGGUUUUGGUUUUUUUUGUAGGCUGUUGACUGAAUUUUGAUUCCCGAAGAGCUUUCUGGUGUCCCUAAUUCGUGACUCACCAAGUUUGUUAAAAUGAGUUGUUUUUAACUUUGAGCAGGAUUCUGAGAAUUGGUUCUGCGCAGACAAGGGCUAUGCUGUCUUCUGCUUCCUGAAAAGCAGCUCCACCAUAAUUUGUGGCAAACCGUUUUUGAAACUCUGAGGUGUUGUUGUUUUUAAACACCAUCAGACAUGAAAAGUAGACCUUUGGAUCCUGGCCUUUGCUGUGGCUUGAAAAAAGAAGCAUAUAUGAACAAUAUCAUUUCUAAAAAGUGUGUGUGUGUGUGUGUGUGUGUGUGUGUGUGUUACUUUAAUGGAAUUUUAUUUUGAAACAGAGUUAAAAAGAAACCCAAACUCAACUCUACACAUGCACAACCCAGCAAGGUUACUAAAGGAAUUAAGAAAAUCACUGAUUACAAUCCUUACUAUAUUGUGCUUUGGGAGAACUAGUUCACUAACUAUAUUAUUAUUAAUUUAAUCGGUGUACCAUCCUUCAUCUGAAGAUCACAGCGUGGUUCACAACAUAAAAAAUGCAAAGCAAGAACACAAAAUGCAUAACAAAAACAAACCAAUAAACCCCUUUCCGCAAACACCAUAGGGUGUUUAUAUAUAAGUUAUAUAUGACAUGUGUAUCAGCAUAAUUUGUACUUUAUUGAAAUUUGAUUAGAAGUUUUAAGGGUUUGCAUAUAGAAAAUGAACAGAAACCAUGGUACCAUAAUAUCUCUUUAAAAACCAGGAUUCCUCGUUGAUUCAGUUUGUACAUAUGUCUCCCAGAUUUUAUUCAGCCACUGGCAUUUAGAUGAUUGUUUGGAUACUUUAGAUUGCGUGCUGUAUGAAACUUUGUUGCUGUAUGUGAUUGCUUAAGAAGGUAUAUGCAGGAAUCCAUGGUCAUUAGGUUCAAAAUGAUGAGGAAGCAUAUCUUUGGGAGUUACCUGCAGUAGACUAAUCAGGAGAAAAUUCUGGUAGUAAUCAGCAACCAUUUCCCCAAACUACUGCAUUGUUGGACAUUCUCACCCUAGAUGAAAGUAUGAGCCAGUCUGACUGUAUCCCUUAGAAUAAAGGCAUAGUUUCAAUGCAGGUCCCUGGUCAGCAGGAAGGGGCAGCAGAGUUUACUUGAUUUUCCAUCACCAGUGAGGUUCAGCAUGGUGCAGAUGCACUGGCAGAGCCAAUCCAGUGCCCCCUCUGGUGUUUGCACUGCGCCCCUGCCUUGCCCCUCUUCCUCCCAGUAAGUCAUAGCAACACCGAAAGCAGAAAGCCAGCUAUGUGCCAUCGCCUCUGCCCACUGUUGGAAUAUGCUACCUGCUGAAAAUUUUGUACAGUAUUAUGCUUCCUUUACGUUAGUGUCAAUUGCUAAAGUUUCAAAAGAAUUCCACAAAGGCAUUUUUGUAUUUUUGUAUUUUUAAAGGAGGCUUUUCAGAAUUAAUGUUUCACUUUUUAAUAUCAGAAUACUAGGGGAAAUCAGACAAGCAUUAUUAAAUUAAAUGCCUGGUAAUUACACAGCACACUAUACGUUACCAACACAAUUAAUUAAUGAAACAUCGUAGAAUUUCCUAAGAACCGCCAUAUAGCGAGACUUCUGUAAGCACAUUUUCUUGAGGAUAUUCUGUUGCAAAAACCAACGUCCCCACCCCCCAUUCUUUAGUAAAUUAAUGCACUACAUUAAAUUUGCCGGCUUGAAUUUCAAAUGCAGAUAACUUUUCAGAAUUACUGUGCUGGUUAUGAUGGUGCUUUUCUGCCUGUAAACAUCAGGGUCCUUUUUUAAUCAUUUCCUAACUUCAUUUAUGACUUAUUUAUAUUUUCCAGGCCUCUGGAGCAAGUUCAUCUUGAAGCUGGUCAGCCAUUAUGGAAACCAUCAACAUUCCAAAACAAUAUCUAUCUUAUCUUAUCUUAUCUCUCUAUAUAUAUCUAUAUAUAUAUAUAUAUAUUAUUUAAAAAGCAGCCAAAAUCAGAGAAAAGGAACAGGGAUUUAAUACUUUUUUAAUGAUUAUUUUUGUGAAACAUGUACUCUUUUCAUACGGGUGGCUUUUACAAGCAACUUUUAUCAUUGUUCCAUUUCAAAUUCUAAACCAUUGUGGUUUGUGGCAGUGCUAUGAUUGUAAUCCGAUUGAGAUAUUUCACAAGUUGGAGAAGGAUUCCAUAAUAUUUUAAAAGAAUUGUGUAAGAUUGCCGAUUUGGAAUAACGUAAGUGGGUCAAGUAAUUUUCCCUCGUGGUUAUUUUAAUGAGCAUAAAUCUUUAAAACUCAAUGGAUAAUGACUGUUCUGGAGGGGGAAAUCCUUCAUAGAUAUUUUUUUUUUUAAAAAAAAAGAACUGGGAUGAAUAAUACAUUAAUCAUGUUGGAUUUUGCUUGCUUUUUCACAAUGGGAUGCUAAUAAGAUCCAGUAAGUUCAACUUAAUCCAGUUUUUUUCCUCAUUAACACAUUAGACAAUUUAUAUCUAACACAUUUUUAAGAAAACCUAACCAACUCCUCAGGUAUUUAGAUAUUGAGACAGCCCCUGAAUCUGUGAAGGACAAACUAAAGGCAUAUGAGGGAGGAUGAGUUUUAUAUUAUGCAAUUUUUGUCCUGUUUCACCUUAUCAUUUCCCCUUGAGUUCAGUAUCACCCUUUGCACAUCAUUGUUCCUUUGAACUACGCAAACUCUUUAAAUAAGCGGUUGGACAGCAGGCUUCGGAAGCUCUGCCUCAGAUAUAUACGUUACUGUUCAUCCAUGACUACAUGGAGAGAGACCAUACACAACUAUACACAAAAAGAAAAAUUAAGUACUGUAAGUCAUUUAAGUUUCUCUUUACGGUUGGAACCAUUUCUUGGUCUUGGUUUUCAUUGUACGUUUGGUUAUUAGUGGAGUACGGUGGGGAAGAGCAGACAAAUCUUUUGCGGGUGGGGUGGGGAAUAAUGUCACUGCCUUAGUAUCUAAAGCAGUUCUUGAAGUGGCCUCUGUGCAUUCAAUGCUCAUGGUACCUGAGUGCCACAUGAAUACUUCAGAAACUUCCAGAUAGCAAUAUUUUUGUCCUUUUCUACCUUUCCCACACUCUGAAAAGGAAGGAUCGAGCUGCUAUCUUGGUUAUUGGAGUGGCGAGACACAUGUUGUGGUGGCAGAGGCCGUAAGCUUGAGCACGCCAAACGCCUAUACAGUGGUACCUCAGGUUAAGUACUUAAUUCAUUCCAGAGGUCCGUUCUUAACCUGAAACUGUUCUUAACCUGAAACACCACUUUAGCUAAUGGGGCCUCCUGCUGCCACCGCGCCGCCGGAGCCCGAUUUCUGUUCUCAUCCUGAAGCAAAAUUCUUAACCUGAAGCACUAUUUCUGGGUUAGUGGAGUCUGUAACCUGAAGCGCAUGUAACCUGAAGCGUAUGUAACCUGAGGUACCACUGUAUAGGGAGUGGGGUAUUUGAAGCAUGGCACUGGCUUGUGGAAGGAUGUUGAUGCUCCCCCCCUCCAAAAACUGCUUCAGCCCAUAGCCCGCCCCCCGUCCAAAAUCUUGGUCCCCACCCAGAGAAAAGGAGAUGAGAGACAAAAAACGCUAAGAGAGAAGGGUUCAGUGGCCUUUGUUCUCCACCCAUAUUGCACUUUAAAUCGCCUCCGAUCUUUCCAGUUGCUAGGAAGUUGGUAUAGCCGCUAUACUUGGACGUAGUUCUGCUGUUUGUGUCUGGCUGUCCCUUACCAUAGUGAAAAUACGUGGGAAUAUCUCUUGGGGUUCUUCAUUGAAACGGUUGAGGACGUUCAAUUUACAGUACAGCCAUUUUAUGCCUGUAUAUCAGCAGCGGGGAACUGCUAGGCCACCUGAAUUUGACCUACAAGGCCAUUUUGGGCAAACUGCAUCUACCUGUCACUCACUUGACGGCUUAAGUGUUAAGAUCCCUUAGUGCUAUAUGGGGUCUCAGCACCAUAGCAUUAACAUUAACUGGAAAUCUUGGCUGCUGCCUUUUGCUGUGAGAGCGCGGCCAGAGGCUUAUCUCUGAUCUUAGCGCUGUGGUUCCGCACCACUAAGACGGGAAAUGAGAAAACCGCUGCCUGCUCUCUAAAACUAGAAGGCAACAUUUCUGCCCAUCCCUGAGAGCCUAACUUUCAAAGGCUUAAUCCGGUGCCUCGAAAUGCCUUCAAAAGUUAAAAUCUUAUGCUACACCAGCUCUUUAAGUAACUGGGAUUUCUGAGAGAGAGAGAGAGAGAGAGAGAGAGAGAGCCCUUUCUAGGUAGACAGGCUUCCCAUUAAAUGUAUGUCCUAGUUUAACAGUGCAAGGUUCUCGUAGGAAAGAAUUGAGAGUGCGCUGUGCAUUCCUUACAUGGCUUUCUCAUACAGCAGGUCAGGUAGCAAGACUGCUUUUGAACUAUACCAUUUUAAAUAGCAAGGGGUAUUUGUGUUUGUGUGUGUAGGUCACAUGUUUGAACAAGCCCAGUCACCGUAUGUCGAAUACUAGCAUGUCAGGCUGGGCUAGAACUCUUCUCCCCGACAUCUCACCCUGUAGUCUGAAGUCGAACUGGAACAAUUGUAGACUCCUCACCUGCCGCCUGUGUAGGCCAGAGAGUGGGACCUUUACAGAUAGACAUUGCUUUCCAGAAGCUUCCAAAGUUUGACAGGGCUCAAUCCCCAUUAAUGCAAAUGCACAGAGGCCUCCUGAAGAACUUCAUUACGAGUUAAGUAGCUUUCAUCUAUCCAGUAAUAAGAACUUGACCAUUUUUAUAUGUGUUAAAUUCCUUUCUUCAUUCCUGAGACUUUAAACUACGUAAUGAAUGCUAAUAUUCCAUUGUUUGGCUUAUUGUAAUAGUAAAUGCUUACAGUGUAAUUGCAGAGAAUAAUUUCAUGAUCUGUUUAUGCGAUAUAUUCCGUUUUGUUACAAUUUUUUUAAAAGAACUAUUUUUGUUAAUGUAAAGUUAAAUAUUUCAGAGCAGAAUUUUUAAACUUUAUUGCACUAAAUGCAAAUGUGGGGAGAGAGAGAGAGAAGUAAUGCCUCAAUGGAUGGAUCACUCCUUAAGAGAAUCUUUUUCUUUCUUUCUUUUUUGGAAAAAGAGAGCUAUUGUUCUAGAUAAGCUUAGCUAAACGGGUGCAGACACCCAGUAGAGUUGAAUGGCCACCAAUUUUUUUAUUAUAAAUGGCUGUUUUGAUUCUGUGCUUCCUUUCAAAGGAUCAGACCUUUUAAAAUUGCUGCUGAAGGAAACAUAGCAUUCUGUAAUUAAUCGGUGGUCUUUGCUGUGUAACUAAACGCUUCAGUUUCAUUUUUAUAAAUCAUCUGACAUCUUAAAACCUUUUCAGACUACUUGCAAUAAAUUUCAGGACAAGUUUAAAAAAAGUGGGAGGGGGGGCAAUAAUCCUUUCUCGGUCGGUCACAGAAACCAAUCAUGGAAGUACAUUUUAAGACUAGGAAACUAGAUUAGCCUCUGUUCCUGCUAACACUAUAACCCAACGUGAUUAACUUUUCCAACAUAAUUAUUGCCAUGAAAUCUUCAUUCGGUGUUUUGACAUGAAUCAACGUUGAAUGCAUGUGUGUUAGCAGGAACCAAGGCAUUAGUCUAGGCUUAAACUAGAGCACUGCUUUAAGUCUCUUUUAAUGUAUAUAUUACAUGUUACUGUAAGGAUAUUUAGGAGGAGAAUUAAGAGGAGCCUUAAUUUGUUGGAGGAAGUGCCGUGGCUCUGCUGUGGCACUGGGUUUUGGACACCGUUUGCUUCGGUCGCUGGGAGUAUGGCAACAACAGUGGGAAGAAGACCUGGGCUCAGCAGGUUGAAAACCACGGAAGCUGGAUCCCAAAGCAAGGAAAAUGGGUCACUUAUAUGCAGCUCCUCUGGGGUUAACUGCCGUUAACCUGUUUUAGAAAGGAUCACUCAAGACGGGAGGCUUGGAUUUGGCUCACCUUGGACAUCAUCCGAACACCUGCGUCGCCAGGUCCCACCAGCUUGUGUUCCCUGCUUGUCGGAAGCCCUGGGAAAAGAGAGGUGCUUUUCCGGAGUUUGAACUUGCAACUAGAAUUGUAAUCAGAAACAAAAAUUUUGUAUUUUUGUAUACCUUGAUUGUGCAGCAUUUUUAUAUACAGGUCCUGUUUUACAAAUAAAUUUGGUUUCUUAACAUGGUGUUUAAAAA